GAGCGCUAGUGUAACUGAUUUGCAUGCGGACUGAAGUUUUUACUAAAACCUCAAAGCUAUGGGUUCCUUAGUGUCGUCUCUAAACUUUAAAGUAGGGCAAGAGUGCUUCUUGCGCCCUUCCAUAUGUUAGUUUCAGGUUUAGUGUGGGUUGUAAAUAUGUUGAGAAGUUUGUCGCAGGAGAGCAGAGGCGAAGCGAAGCGAUGUACGUUGCACUUGUCAGUGGCCACGCAAGUAAGUACAGCUCGCCUCUUUAAAAUGCAAACGAACCUUGCAGGGAUUUAAACGCUCCUCGCUGUAAGCUUGUCAUCACGUUGAUCCAGCUCAAGUAACGAUUUAAACGGAAGGUAGCUUACACCUUCAGGUUCCUGCAACCGAUACGUUUUUAACUGGCAACUGGCUAUUUUUCAAAAUGAAUGACACUUGCUGGCUUCAUUGCCAUCGGUUGUGUUACCUUUACGCUAACCAAACGUAUAUUUUGUAAUAAGAACGCAUGAGUGGACUGGCUAUUCAGACGGUUUAAUAAGUUUAAUAGUGAAGCCCCUCUCAUUUGCCUUUGCAGGAUGUUCUUUCGUGCCUGACCUUUGCGAGCGGCCUGAAGUCCAUGGCUGAGAGCGCUGAAAGGGCAAUCCAUCUGCUUUUGCCGCAAGUGGUAAGCUAAGUCAAAGCAUGAAGUUCACGCAUCACUUCUCCAAGGUCUGUUUUCGCCCACAAAAAUAGUUUGUUUACGUUUCAGAACAGCGCCUGGUAGAGGACUCAAUAAAAUUCCGAUCGGUGUACCUGUUAUCUUACAUCUUCAAUUUUGAAACACAAAAGCAUCAUAGUUUCAUCGAUUUCAGAAAAUCACAUCCGUGUUUUAUGGCCGUGGACCUUUCGUAAUUUUUUUUUCUUUUUGGGAUGGGUGAUUUUCACCUUAUUCGUCCCUAGUUCGUUCAGUUAUUGAGAUAUUCAUUGCAAUUUUGUUUCUCCAUCGUUAGUAUGACGGCUAAAAAAAAAAAACGAAUAAAGCUUACAACUGCUGCUUAAAUUGGCAAAGUUGAUUUCGUUAGCGACACUUGAUAACAAUGCAGACCGUCACCUAGCAAGCAAACGGACGCAUAUUUCCAAAUGCAUAUAAAUACUAUCAAUUUGUGUCAUUUAUUUAAACGCUUAUAUUGUAUCUCCGUUUUCGCCUUAGGUCGCCGCAAAAAAUUCAUUAUUUUGACUCUGGUAAAACCAAAAUAAUGACGCCAUUUCCACUUCGUAUAAAGUUUUCGUGUUUUGCAAAAUUUCCGGUAUAGCGGGAUUUGUAAUUUGAGCUCCUUUUUUACAUAUAGAACACGCGAACUUCGUAUUUACAUCUAAGUGGGUCGUCGUAACAAUUCCUUCUUGAAGCUAAAGAAGAAAUGGUACGACCUGAAGGCGUCCACUUGAGAAUAUUUACAUUUUACAUAGCUCAAAAUUCAUUAGCUUUCACAAGGUUUAAAACAGCCGCUCAUGGUCUUUAGAAGCUAUGUGUAAAGUGUAAAGUAAGUAGAUGAGAUUGUGUUUAUUUCUAAACGUGGUGAUCGAACCAUUUUGAGGGCGAUGAAUCAUUUAGGUUGUUUUUGGCCGUAUAAUAAGGACGAAAUUGUUAUUCUAUUCAAGCGAUUUUAAAAUUCACAAAUUGAAAGCACACAGAAAAUCGAAUUUUGUUUGUGUUGCCUAAAGCUUGACGUAAAGUGGUGUUUUUCAUAUUCUUUAAUAGGUCACGUAAGGGCUUAAUUGAAACUCUGGCAGGUCGAUUUACCGUCUGUAAAUACCACAAGCUCGAUUUCUGUGUUACAUUCUUGGCGAUUUAAUUUUCCAGUGCCUUGUGCUUUGAAAUACCUUUCUUGUGUUUUAACAAUGUUCCCCAAUGAGCAUUGUUUACAUGUGCAUGUUUUAGAAUGUGCGAUGGAGGAUUAAAAAUACUUUCAUUGUUUAAUUUUUGUGUCCUGUAAUUAAGGAGAUUUGUGCAAUUAAAAGUGGAAAAUAAGAAUACAGGGGAUUAAAGCUGGGUGUGAAAUCAGUGUACUUGUCGUUGUUAUUAAAAUCGUAUGUACAAGAAGUACCAAUAUUUUUUCAUAGUGCACCACGCUUUUAUUUCUAGGUUAUGUAUAAUUUACAAAUGUCUGCCAAAAGCACCCUGAUGCAGCAGGGUAUUCCAAUUAAUUUACUCCACAUUUAUAGGACGUUCGAAUAGAUGGAUUUUCUGUCCAUUACAACUUUAUUUGCAAAAAAAACAAACAUGUGUUAUGAAUUUCCUUACAAGCAUCUGCAAAAGUCCUUGAAAUUCAUGUGGUUGCCUCUGAGGUGUAAAUUUAUGCAUCAACUGGGUCAAAACAUUUUUGAAUUGUUAUUUGCAUUUAAGGCAGCUGAAGACAGUUUCUAAUACUUCCAUCUGUGAAUGGUCAAUAACAUUUCUGCAGAUCCAACUUGGAUGCUUGAAUAAUAAUAUUGCAUGAAGUGAGCUCAAGCUUUCUUUUGGCAAUGGUAUCAACAAUACCUGUAAUAAGUUCUUGGAUCUUGGGUCAAAAUAUUUCUAAAAUUGUAAUUUGCAUUUAAUGGGCUGAAGACAGUUUCUAGUACUUCCAGCCAUGAAUGGUCAAUGGCAUUUCUCCAUUUCCAAGUUGUAUGCUAAGUUGGUAGCAUCAAGCAUGCUCAAGUUUGUUUUGACAAGUACUUAUCAGUAAUAGCUGUUGCAAAAUGUGGGCCACUUAUGAAAGGGAAUGUUUCUACUGCUAUGGUGGGGGAGGGAAACAAAAUUAAUUUUAAUAAACUACAUGUAUGUUGACAAAGAAUGUUUGCUAACGUAAACAAAAUUAAAAGCUGAAAUUUCCGUUGGUAGCUCUUUUCCAGAGGAAUUCACUAAAAGCUGAAUAAGCAUUUUAUAAAUGCUGAAUAAGUCAGCUUUUGAAUAUGACUGCCAGUAAGUAGAUUCAUGUAGUUCUAUUGCCAACUCAUAUAUUUUUGGCUAUACACUGUGGGUCGGUUUGUCUAACUUGUUAGGCUGUCAUUUAGCAAAUCGUUGGCACCCCAAUAUCUUUCUUAGUGGGUAUAAUUUUAAGAAAAUAAGUGCUGCAUGUACAUGUAAUUUCAAGUCUAUCCCUUAUGCUUUCAAGAAACUUUUCACAAUAAUGGUGUUUUAUAAAAGUGUUGGGCAGACUGAAAAUGGCUUAGACACAGUUUUGUUAAACACUGGCUAAACGCCAUUUCCUUGUAUGUUCUUAUACCCUUACUUAGGACCUGUAUUAAGUUCACCCUUUAAGCCUCAAUGUUGACACCAGACUGAACACCAUCCAUGUACAUUCGUAUUAGUUGAGAGUACAUUAGUGAAAAUUAGUAGGUGGCUUAGCAAUCAGCAGUGGUGUAGGCAAUUUGAGGCUUAUAAUUACCCCCUCACUUUACCCAUUUUCCCUCAAAAGUAGACAGCUCAUAGCUCAAAGUACCUCGUUUUUUAGCCAGUUGCUAGCACUUAAUGAGAACCCUGUAAAAAAUGCUACCAUAUUUCCAAUUGUUUUUGGUUUGUGUAUGUGUAGUUGCAAAUAUCAACCAGUUUAUAAUAAAAAUAUGAGCCAUUUUGUAUCUGCAGGCUGAUGCAUUGGUGUUUGUGUUAAGUCCUGAGUCUGAUGAACUUCUUGCUCUUGCAAGGCCUGGCAUCAACACGCCUAUGCUACCUCACACUGGGAUUGUCAGGUAACAGAUUAUUUCUCAGAAUUUUAUGUCAUGCCCUCCUCCAAGAAACACCAUAUCCUUUUUGCAUUUUAAAUAAGAUCAGGCUCCGGUACUUGUUCAAACGGUGGAUAACACUAUCCACCCGAUAAAUCGCUAUUCAGUGGACAAGUAUUAGGAAAAUCAAUUGUGUUAUCCAGUGAAUAGAGAUUUAUCCAAUGGAUAGCGUUAUCCACCUUUUGAACAACUGGGCCCUGAAGUUUUAAAAGAGUUUUACAAUGGUAACAUGGUCUGAACUUCAUACUUUAGCAGACCCUAUCUUAAGCAGACACCCUGUAUUUUGAAGUGGACCUCAGUGGCUGUAAUCUCUUAAUAAUGUUUAUUAUUCAUUCGAAAUAUUUCCCCAAUUCUGAUUGGCUAAAAGCACAUGCAUAAUUCACCAUAACCAGUUACUGAUGACCAAAUUUGGAAGAUUUUUGUGUUUAAUGAGGAAAUGAUGUCAACAAUGAAGCCUUCUAUAGGUUAAUGCACCGUUAACCGAGAAGACCUGGGGAUGAGAUUGAGUUGUCUCCAUAUUUGUGAAAACUAAAAUGGCGGACACUUCACUCGUUUCAUGAGUAUAUGUAGGAACUACAGCUGGAACUAGGGGAAAUAAUGGCUUAAAGCAUAUCAAAAACAGCAAGAAGACAACUCGGAGGGCGACAUCCGCUAUUUGAAGAAUAUUUGUGGAGCUGGACAAACCUAAACAUACACUAUCAAAGAUAAACUUAACAUCGAUGCUGGUAUUAGGUUGUUUUAGCUUUGUUUUUAAACUAAGAAUUAUUUUCAAUGAAUAAUAAAGCAAUUAAUGAAUUUGGCUUUUGUACAGGUAUGAUAUAAAGAAUUAAGCAGAUCUCAGAGGGUAUCAUCCACCUCGUCCGAUAACACCCUCCUCAAUCUGCUUAAUGCUUCAUAUCCUACUCAGCCUCAUUCAUUAAUUGCUAAUUAUUUCCAUAUUUUUAAAAUUUAUUAUUUUUCAUAGUUAAUUUUUGUUUAUUGAGGGACAGUAAUGAGAGUCCAAUGCACUUACAUGUAUUGUAACACAGGCUUCACUAUUAAAGCUGACUGAGCACUAAAAACAGAAUAAACCAUGGAUUAUAUUUGCCAUUAGGGAGGCCAUCAACAGCAAGAAACGGGUGGUUGCACAUAGCAUUGACACAGAAGAUCCCUCUUUGGCUCUACUGCCUCCUGUAAAUGAACUACAGACCAACCAAAAAGGUUUGUUUCUUUCAGUACACAUGUAAAAUUGUUUAAUGAUUAGCAUCAUACCUGUGGAACCUGCAGAAAGAAAAAUGCCUCAUUGGAACCUGAAGGCUGAUACAUGUACAUUGCAAUUUUGAGUGUUUAACGAAUACUAAUAAUGGCUUUUUAUUUCUUUGUACAAACAUUGCAGCAAUAAUAUUUUUGCUUACAACUGCAAUAAAAUUCUAUUAAAAAUACUGAGAGUUGACAUUGUUCAGCUAUAUACGGGGCUGGCCUUACAAAUCUUUUGUGAUACAGUGUGUAUAUAUAAAAGUAAAAUAAAUUCAAAUAGAAAAAGAUACAAUAGUAUUAUUUAUGAUAACAAUAAUUGAUAUUUAUUUAAAUUGUAAUUAAAAACAAAAAAACAAACAUGGAUAAAGUGCAUGAGUGCUACACAACUCCUUUAAAUUAUACAUAUAGCAGGAGAUCUGUCUGAAUAUAAGUAAUAGCAUACAAUAUUAACUUGCAGCAUCUAUGUACUUUCUCUUUCAGUCAUACUGUCCCCACUGCAUAAGGAUGGCAAACUAGUAGCAUUUAUCAUGGUAAGCUCCAGCUGUAGAUCUUUAUAAGAAUUUCCCUAACAACCCUUCCCUGCCUGGUGUCUAGAGUUUAAAGAGAAGAAAAAUAUAAAGAAAAAAGAAAACCAAAAAACCCCCAAAACAAAAAGGAGCAAGACAAAAACAAAAACAAUAGACAAAACAAGUUAACAACAACAGAACAGCAACACUGAGUAACAAGCAAAAUAGCAUAAAUGAUCGGGAAUUAAACCCUGGCCAGUUUCACCAGACUGGAUGCAAUGCUGUAUCCAAAAUACUCUUCCAUUGUUUUUUGUACCUUUUAAUAAGGACAUUAAGUAUGACAUGGUACAUGAAUGACAUACAUUGCAAGUAUUAAACUGGAGAUAUGCCCUGUAAAUGCUUUGUAUAUUUUUUCCACUGCACACGUAUAAUAUGUUAGGUAUACAGAAAAUUAAAUUCACGUAUUUGAAUAAUUAGGGCUUAUAUAGGAGACGAGUGAAAAUGAGAAUCAAUCUAGGUUAAAAAAUUUUAUCCUGAAUUUGAUUUUGACCUGUAACAUGCACAUACUUUGCAAAAAUUUUCUACAAUAUCAUCACUGCAGAUAUUUGAAGAUAUGUUUUUUUUACACUGUACAGAUAAUUCCAUCAAGUAUAACUGAUAUCAGUGCCAUUAUAGUGGCAUAUAAUUUAUAUACAGUAAAAAUCUGCAAGUAAGAACCUGCAUUUUUCCAAUCCUAAACAGGUUCUUGUAUAAAUGGUAAUUAGCACAAAUUUAUGCUAUUUAGGUUUCUGCAUGGGUUCUCAUUUUCUGCGGAAAAAAAGCAUGGUAGCUAUGAGUAAUUUAGUGGUAUUCAGCUUUUUCCUCAUAUAAAAUCUGUAUACCAAAUUGGUAUUUGUGUAAAAAUGACUGGGAGAAGAAGGACUCAUUAGCAGUAAGCAGUGACCACAUGAAUUUUGAAUUCCUUUUGCCCAAGUACAGUGUACAUACAAAAUUAUAGAUUUUAGAAAUAAGAACCUGUUUUAAAUGCGACAAAUAACAACCGUUCAAUUUAAUUGGGACUCGUUCAAUAUAAUUGGGACUAAUUGCUGUUAGCUGUUAUUGCCUGUUAUCAGCUGUUAGAGCCAAUCAGGAUCAAGAUUAUCUUUGGCUAAGAGCUAGUCUAAUGUUAUCAGAUAACAAACCCAUUAGAUCCAAUGGCAAGCUUGUUAGUGAAUAACGGGAUAACAGCUAAUAACAGCUAAUAAUACUUCACCCAUUAUACCCAAUCACAAGUUUGUUAGAGAAUAACGGGAUAAUAUGCUACAUUCCACAAGUGUGAAUUUGACCCGUGAGGUAAAAAUCUAUUUCAUGACAAGUCAGUGCAUCAUUCUCGAGUACAAUUAUACUGGAAGGUUGCACGCAUAUAUGCACAUUAUUUUGAUCCAUUAGCUGCUGUGAACUCAUCUAAAACUCUUUUUGGUUUAUUUAUCAUGUUUUUGAAAAACAUCAAAAUUUUACUGUUUUCAAAUAACCAAUAGGCAGUGGAAUGUUCAAGAAUAGAACAAGAAAAUCAGAAAAUUACUUUAUGAUCUUUGAAGAAGCGUAGCUCAUAACAAGCAUGCAACUAUCCAAUGAUCUCUCGAUAAUAGGUCAGUGAUACAAUAGUUGUGAAUAGGAAACAGAACAAAUCAACACUGCCCAGAGGAAGUUUAUCAGUUAUCAAGUGACAAUUGCUGACAUUCCAGCCCAUUCCUACACGGAAAUUUCGUAGACAGUACACUAACACAUUUAUUUUCUUAAGUUGAAAUGAUCUUUACACUUCCCUUUAUUUCACUUUCAUUUUGACGUUUUUCAAAAACAUGAUAAAUAAACCAAAAAGAGUUUUAGAUGAGUUCACGGCAGCUAAUGGAUCAAAUGUGGGGAACUAACUGUGGCAAAUUUUAGCCUAACAGGUUCUUAUUUGUGGGUUUUUACUGUAGUUUCUUAAUACAGCUGUAUCUGUUUCAUGUUUGGAUUUGGAAAAAAAAAUCACAUCGCCCUUCUGUUAUUCCUGUACAACUUGCUGCAGAAUUAAAUCUUGCACAGCAAUACUCAGGUUAUGGUUUUGUUUCUACAUUUCAAGGUUCUUUGUGUUAUCUUAGAAGAUACUUUUCCACACCUUGAUUACACUGAGCAGCAGGUUUGUCAUGUUUUAAAUCUGAGUUGAUAUGUAAACUUUUGAAAAGUCCCAUAACUGCUGUAAUAAUACACUAACAGUGCACAUGUAUGAAUUAGUACCAAAUUUGGUUAUGGUUCAAUUUUAAACUUGUUUUAAAUUUUAUUUUCCUCUACCUCUAACUCAUCAGCAGAAAGGAGUAGAAUAACCAUUUUAAAGAGAGACUUUGUUAACUAUCAUGAUCAUCAUGAUCAUCAUCACCAUCAUCACUGUUCUUGUUGUUGUUAUUUUUAUAUUUUUUGUGUACAGUAUGUACAUGUUUUUUGUCUGGUACUGAAUGUGUCAUAGGAUUGUAUAUUGCAUAUCUGUGCAUAUGAUAGAACAAAAAAAAAAACAACUCCUUUCUGUCUGUCAUAUUUCUCUGUUCCAGAUACUUCAAAGCUACCAUCACAUAACUGAAAGAAGGAAAUAUGUCCACGAAUAUGAGAGACAGAAGACAUUUUUAGAAUUUUUUAGUAAGUACAUAUGGUGACUUUCUAAAGGCAAAUUUCAUCUGGCACGUUCUAACAAAAAUCAUGUUGAGUCUUCUGAAAAAAAAAAUACAUUAAAUUCUCAUCCAAACGUUUCCAACAAUUCUCAAGCCUCUUUUUUGAUUAUUUUUGCUUGAGUAUCAGAAUUUUCAACUUUUAGUCUGCCUCAAAUUUUUAACCACUUGUUUCCCAGUGUCUCAGCAAGUCUCUAUUAUUUUUAUCAGUCACCCAAACACUAUAACUCAUCACACUGGUGGUCUGUUCAAACAAGAAUUGUGAUUGUCAGGUGCAGUUCAGUUUUCAGCUUAGUUUACACUCCAAACUCUGCCACGUUAACCCUGAAUUACAGGUUGUUUAUACAUGUACAAGUAUGGUGAGGGUAAGCAGCACAAAACUUCCUGUUUUUAGAUUUUAAUGACCGCCCCCCCCCCCCUCCCCCCCAAAAAAAUUGAAGUUUAUAGCAUGUUUUUUUGGCAACCUUUUUGCUCAUUUUCAAUCUCUGGGAGAGAAUGGAGGUGGUUACAUUUCUUUUUAGAGCCAAAGAAGCACUGUGGUCUGUACAUCUUUUAGGACUAUGUAUAAUGUUUAGAGCCACAUCCAUGUUAUGACUGGGUACUAGGUGGAUAUCACUUGGGUGUAUGGGGAGUGUCAGGCACUGUAAAAGAGACAGUCCUCGGAUUCUAGAUCUCUGGGUGUUGGUACAUGUAUCUCUGAAGAUGUUGUUGUAGAAAGCUUCUUGUGCCUGAAUGAGUGACUAUUACAUUUCAGGCAGAUCAUAUGAAAAGGAAAUAGGACCACUUAUACAGAAAAUAGGGGAAUUUGUAAGUGCAUUUUAUAAUAUUAAUGAUAUCAUGCAGUGUCUUAUAGAGCAAGUUAUCCACUCGUGGAGCAAUUGGAUAGUUUUAUUGAAAGAGCAAUCAGUGUCUAAAGCCUUCCAUGCAUUAAGACAGGGGCUCCAUCAUGCAUGACUUCCUUCCCAAUGAAGGGAUUUAGCAACAUUUCUGACAAGGUCUGUAUGGGCGACUAUCAGUGCAUACAGCUGGAGCUCAAUUAUGGAUUCCCCUCUUGUCUUUAUUACUUUAAUUUCUGUAACUAGCAGUAUUUUUUACCUUAAGAUUUUAAUGAACAACUUUAUUGAGAAAAACCAGAUACUCAUACUUGGGGUUUAUGAGUUUCUGGAAAAGCUUAAUACAAAUUCAAAUGUACACUAUACUUUACAACAUGCCCAUUGUAAAAGAAAAAAGAAACAAUAUGAAUUAGUAAACUUCUGUAUUUUCAGCUCCAAGUACAGACAAAUUCUGAAAGCAGUACUGUUCUUAUACUAGAUCACACAGCAGGGGAACUUCAUAAUAAGGUAAUGUUGACUGAGUGCUAAUAAAAGGUACACAGUGAGUGAGUGGGAAUUUCCAGAUGGUUUAUUAAUAUUGGUUUUGUGACAGUGUUCACGGAUUUUAGAUCCCUUGGUGUUAUAAUAAUUAUUGUUAUGUUUCAUUUUCCAGUUCUUUAGCAUACAGUCAUGUACUGUCAGUACAUAAUAAUAAUUAUUAUUACUACACUUAACGAUCUUUUGAAAAGCUUAAAUUGAACCACGUGUCAGUUUAAACAAGCGAUAUGGAGCAUGAAAAGCAGUGCAAAAAAAUACUAGGAAAUUCUGUGGACUUUUCAGCAAAUUACAUCAUGUGGCAAGAUGUAAAAUUAUUAUUAUUAUUAUUAAUUGUACCAAAAAAUCUAAUGGAUUAUGUAAUGAGUGCAAUGCACCAUUGCAUCUUACCGGAAUCCCCGAUUUAUUCAGUAGAUACAAUUGUUUUAUUUUUUUGCUUUACUGCACUGUUUUUAAAUUAGUGUGACCUUGAACUUCUCUUCUUCUGUUUUGUUUUGUUUUUUUUUCUUUUGAUCAUGUAGCAAGAAAGCAGAGGCAGUGUGCAAGAAAAGAGAAUAGAGGUAAUAAUAUAUUAUUAUGGUAUUAAAUUAGUUGCUGUAGGUUAGGAGGGGAGGGGGGGGACUUAAGGGAAGAAGAUUUGGUGCCGGGUAUGCCAUCAUAGCCUUCUCAAAACCCGGCCUAACUCUGUUUUAAACAAGCUCCAUUUGUCUCACAACUCUGUUAAAGAUGCUAAGAGAUUAAUUUUUUCCAAAGGUUACCCCGAUUAAACCAUACCCUGUUGGCUGGCAGGCACAUGCCCAUUUUAGUGCUGGGGAUCAGAGGCCCCUUACCCUGGAGACAGGUGGAUGUCUGCAUUGUAUAACCCCAAAGAAAACUGUAUAUUCACUCAUUUCACUGUAAGGCUAAACACUCCACUUUCUCCACUUACAUGUACAAGCAGACGUCUGCGACUUAUUAUUGAUAUGUUUCUAUGGUAGUAUCUAAUGUACUAUUAUUACUUUGAUUUGAGGUUUCGGGAAGUAUAUUUGAAGAUGUCAUUCAAUCUAAAAGAAAAUUAAAUGUGUCCAACAUAACCGAGGUAAGCCUUUCAUGAUGGUAUAAUUAUGGUCAGGGAACAGGGAAAAACCUCUAAAAAACCUUCUUUCGUUAUUUUUUGGAAUUAAUUGAAGUAGAUCUGUGUUUGAAGGUGUUUAACUGAUUUCAAUUAUAUUCCUUUCUCUCUUCAGGACUCAAAGUACAGAUACGACUUACAAAGAAUAACAGGUAAAUGGAUUGGGUAAGAUGCAUGCAAUGCGUGUAAUUUGUUAUGUAGACUGUUCACAGUCCCCUAUUUUUUCGUGAGAUCGUUUAGAUAUACCGUGUCUUAACGGGUAUCUUGAUUUUCAAAUGUACCGAGGGGGCGGGCGUCCGGGAUUAUAGCUCUGAGGAGGGGGGGUAUUUUCUAUUUUUCUCGCUUCCUACCAAACUGCUCCCGCCCCCCUAAGUAGUUCUGACACUAAUGCAAGAUGGCAGCCCGUAACACAAAGUGCUCGAUCUCGAUGAUCCUUACGGAAAAAUUCUCUUUUUUAACAGCAAAGGCAUUCCUGUUCAAAAGCUCUUAAAGCUGUGAGUUUUUUCUUUGUUUUCACUGUUUCUUGAAUAUUCGUUUUCACAUCAGUCUCUUUGAGCCGCAUGAGGCAAUAGUGAUCUAAGAAAAGUUACUGAUUGUAGGGAAAAUGCAUGUAUGAAUUCCCAGUGACUUGGAUGUUAAUUUUUCCUGAUCCCGACUUGAACACAAGUAGCUCUUUUUCGACGCUAUCAACGCCAUCUGCGGCACAGUUUUGGUAUGCAUGCGGUGGUACGGUGGUAAAUGCAUUGCUUAAAAGUCCUAAUUGAGGCAGGCAUGUAAUAAUUAGUCAAAUAAUAUGUAAACUGUUUACCGAAUAAAUCUGCCCCUCCAUUUAUCCCGCCAAUAAUUAAAUAAAUCUGCUCUUCCAACCAACCCGCGAUAAAUUAUAUGUACAUUGUCCGCGCGAGUGACGUGGUUAAUUUAAUAGUAGGCGUAACAAAAUCAAAUGCAAAAGAACGAAGAAAACUUAAAGUACCUGCAUCUUGCGUUCAGAAAGCAUCUGCUUGAAGAAGACCUUCCUUGUUGCGCACUGAAAUGUCACCGGUAGCCAUUUUGAUUUCAGUUUCAAAAAUAACAGCUGGUCAGCAGAGAUCUGUUUCUGUAAUUUUAUCUUCCAAUGACAUUUCAGACUACGAUUACCUGCGGAAAACUGAAGGAUAGUCACAUGUAUCUGGAUAUAGCCGGAGGCGUAGCUACCUGUGCACCUCAAUACGCCAAAAUUUAUAAAGGCACAAAUAGGAUUUAAAUACACAGCGAAGAAAUAUCAAACAGAAGGGAAAUAAACAUUUUCUACUAAAUUUCCAAACGCGUGGGUCUCCCGCUGCGUCCUGCGCCCUCUCCCCUAACCCCUAAGGAAAGCCUGAUACUCAGACCAGUAGCCUUUUCCAGGAAUUCAGAUCGUGGGAAAGGCGCAACGAGAUGUGAGUAGAAAAAAGAGCGCCGCAUUCCACUAUCCGAACGCCUGGAACAGGCUAUCAGUCCACUGGCCGCAAGAGCGAUAAGAGGUAGGUGAGCUCGUACUCGUCCGGGCUCCGAGGUGACAGCUUGAGGGACCUUACGAUCCGACAACGGCGACGUCCAUGAAAACGUCGCUGAAAGAUAGACUUCGCAUCCUUUCAAUUUUUUCGCGAUUACUCCAAAGGGCCCAGUUACUUAAAAGAAGGGAAUUUAGUUUGGCGCUGAAGAGAAGGGACCGCGCCCGAGUUCUGACAGAGAUCGUAGAAUUUAUCGCCUUCCCGUUCUCAAGUAAGCUUAAAAUUUGGUCAUUUCACGUCGUAGUUGUGCGGGGACUGCAAAGAAGUGUACAAAAAACGUGAUGCACAUGCAGAGUUGUUGUUUUGCUCAUUUAACCUAUUGUUUUUUUGACGUUCCCGUUGUCGUCGCCGUCGUAGUAUCGUAAGACCGGUUAUCAGAGGCUAGUCGGCCGGGCCGGACGCGUUUUUCGCCCCAUGGAGCGGAAUCCAGAAUCCGGGAAAUUUUUGCUUGUGGAAUCUUAGGCUCGAGUCUAGCCUCCCACGCAGACGUUCUUUUGGCUCGUCAGAAAGCUAAAGGAACGCGUGACGAAGCCCUAACAACAUCUGCUGGGAGGCUAAACGCCAGCCGCUGAAUCCAGGAAAUUUGAGUUGUGGAGUCCGGAAUUCUGGACUUUGGAUCUAGGAUCUGGAGUCUCACCAAGGAUUGGAAUCCGGAAUCAAAGUUCCACUGACAAAGCAUCCGGAAUCCAGUACCUGGAAUCCGGAAUCCACAGUGUGGAAUCCAAAGUCCAAGACUGUCUUGUAUUUUCUUACUUGGGGUUAUGCUCUGGGCCAGUGCUUCGUCCCUUACUUUACAUAUGAACUGACUCAGAGUGUUCUUGCCCUUAACAGAUUGUCAUGUCCAGUCCAUACUGUGUGUCCCGGUAAUAAGCAUCAAGACAGGAACUGUGAUAGCUGUUGCCUGUGUCUUUAACAAAAACCUGAAAGAAGCAAGGUAACUACUGGUCACUGACUGCUGGUCUGUGCUGCAUAUCUUCCUGGUUUGCGACUUUCAGCUGUGCAAGACUGUGCGUCCACACGUAGACUUUCUUUGUUGUUGUUGUUGUUUUUAGUUCGUUUUCUUGUUUGUCUGUCUGUCUGUUUGUUUUUGUUUGUUAACACGUACUGUUUGAGCGCUUUAGCCUGCAGAACAGGCGAUAUCUUUUGCCUUUUUUGUUUUUCAGGCGAAUCGGACGUGGGCGACCAUGAAGCGCAAGACGCGCGACGGAAAGGAGGCGAAAAAAGUAUCAUUACUUUAAUUUUUAGAAUUUAUUUAUUUCUAUUGUGCUUGUAUUUUUCGCCUCCCUUUCCGUCCGCCGCCCCUGUCUGGCGCCCCCCCACCACGCCCACCUCUCGCUUACCCUCCGCCCUGUCAAUCCGCCCGUUCUGCAGUCUAGAAGCGUUUGGUUUAUGAAAACUGAGUCAUGUCGAAAAUUGCUCAUGAACAUAGAGUCUUAUGGAAACGGUGGUCUCUUGUGUAGCUUUAUGGUGCACUUGCAUGGCCGGACAAAAACAAGGGUCUUCUUACAAACGUAUUUGAGAGUAUCGUAGUAGGGAUUCGUAAAUCGCCGUAUUGCCAGAUAAGUGAACUACAUGGUCCAGUCGGGAUGUUCUUAAACGAUGCGAAUACUCCUCUGAAUGGAGCUGGAUGUUUUCGAAAACGCAUCAGCGUAGAAAUAUAAUAAUUUGUUUAUAAUUAGGCUGUUCGAUAGCUGCUCUUUCUGGGAUAAGACCUUUAUCGGAUUAUUUUUAGGCACUGUUGAGCUGUUUUUUUCUUCUCAAGUCUUCAGUUGUUUCAAUGUUGCCGGCACGGGACGUGUUCUUGAUUUUCUCCUCUUUUAUUUUUGUUUUGCUAGAUUUUCAAGUCUUGAUGAAGAAAAUACGCAGUUUUGCUGUGAGAAUAUUGCAGCUCACCUUGAACAUACGUUAGAAUGGGAGAGAGAAAUGGUGAUCAAAAGACAGCAGGAGGUGAGAUCAGUUUUGUCACAUGUAAAUGUUUUUAUCCUGCAUAACACCUGGCGUUGUUUUUUCUUCUUUUUUUAAGCGAGCGAAGGUAAGCACGAAGCGGGAAUGGAACGCGAGACACUAUUGUUAUUUUCCAUUAGGUAAUAUUUUUUUUCUUCGCCUUCCCCGUCCCUGUCUUGCGUAUCUGGCGCUCCUUGCUCGCCUCGCACUUGCCUUUGCUUGCUUAAAAAAAGGCGAAAAAAAAAAACACCCGUUAUGCAGGCUAAAUUUCUGCCCAUUUACGACAAACAGUUACACCGGCGUAUGGACUGCUUCACGCCGGCUUGAAAACAAAAUAGUUUUCCCUUUUCAGACCAAGGGACGGUCCCAGAAAACUUCAAAUAACGUCUUAUCCGCUGAACUUGCAUAUGCAUUAGAGUAAAGGAGAAUUUCCUUGAGAACGUCAGGUGAUCUGAUGGGGACAACACUGAACAUACAGUCAAACCCCUUUAAUACGGACGCCGAUGGUUGAAUUUAGACGAGAUGUAACGGCUCUUUCUUACAUGUACCUCAGGGACAGUAGAUAGGAGAAGUGUGACGCAAGGUUACCACGGUAGCAAAAUUUCUGGAAUUGAAUCAUUUACACCGAAUUUUUUUUUUUCGGAAAAGCUUAAGAUGUGUCUUCAAAGUUGCAACGGAAUAACCGUAGCCAUUAGAGGUUAAAGAACUCAGCAUGUGAGGUCUUUUUGGUUUCAGGCUAUGUUCACACUAUCUGACCGGAUGGCCUUUGCGUCGGCACGAAAACUAUGGCGGAUAGGACUUCUGCGCGUUCACACAAAAGAACGGUGAUUUCGGCGUGAUUUUUCCAUAAGGAAUCGAAGCUGCGCCGCGCCGACCUCUAGAGUGGAGAGUCACAAUGUCAUAGAGCGGUUUUCACUUGACUGUCGUAAAACCAAAACCAAAGUAAAUACACUAGCCAACCAAAGGGCGUAGUAAAACCAAAACCAAACCAAUUCCUCAAUUACUUUCGACAGUCCAGUGAAAACCGCUCUAUCGGAUAGGUGUUCAUACUAUACGUACGGGAUAGCUUUUCGUUUCAGCAUAGGAUAGCUAUUCGUGCUGAAACGAAAAGGUAUCUGGUAUGGUGAAAACACUGGCGAAAUCUUUUCUAUUUUCUAUCUUUUUCUUGCACAGCAUUUGCUUAAAGUUGCCAAGAACCUCUUCACCCUUGUAGGUAAGAAUUUUUUUUUAAGCUUUUGAUUUCUUCUUCAUGCAUGCUGCAUUUGUCAUCGAUCGGUUGAAAAUGCGUCUUGCCCUCGCGCAAGGCUGUGGACUUUCCGUUUAUUAAUCUCUUUUUUGCCACUUUUGUGUAAUUUUUCCUGGCUUUAAUUCCUUAUCUCAUAGUUUUGUAAUGGUUUUGUUACAGAUGAUGUAAGUGUGUUGCUGAGCGAAAUAAUGUCAGAGGCCCGCAAUUUGACAAAUGCUGAAAGGUAAACCAGAGGCAUAAAACAUCCUUAAAAUAGCCGUCUACUUGCGAAUUAAAAGUAAACAAUUAAAAAUACAAUAUAGCUGAUAUGUGAGCACAAAUUAAACGUGCCUCAGGCCGUCAGAAAACUUACUACAUAUAGACCUGUACAGUUACCUUUCUUGCAGACGGACACCUUUAAGCCCGACACUAAAGUGGUCAGUUCUCUUAACGAACAUGUCCUUUUAGUGGGAUAUCCAUCUGUGCUUCAACUGACACUAGACACCUAGAAUUGUCCCUGUCUUUCUUUAAUAAGGCAGGUAACAAGUGGAUGACGCUUGUUAAUAUGUUUGGGACCAAAUGAACUGCGUGAUGAAUAUCAAGAUAAGUUCUAACGUCACUGAACAUGUAGUGCUGUAGUGCUGCUUUACUAAACUUUCCUUGUUUUGUAUAGGUGUUCCCUAUUCCUGUGGGAUAAAGAAAGAGACGAACUCGUUGCGAAAGUGUUUGAUGGAGAAAUUCCUACUGAUGGAAACGACAGAAAGGUACGCGGACGUUACAAUUUCUCUCAAGGCAAUUUCGCCCUAAGUCCUUGCGGUCUUUCUUUAAAAUGGAUUUUGUUUUGUUGGGGCACUGAAGAGUUAAAAGGUACAAAUGCAAUUGUUGUUUAAUUUUUUUUUCUCAUUCUUUCCUUUGGGAGAAGGGGGUGUUGUCAGAGGACGAGAAGUUUGACAUGACGCGUGACGUUCAGGCCCCAGUUAUUCAAAAGGUGGAUAGCGCUAUCCAGUGGAUGAAUUCUCCAUCCUGUAGAUAACGCAGUUGGUUUUUCUAACGCUUAUCCACUACUGCAUAGGGCUUUUUCCGGUGGACAGCAGUAUACCUUUUCUGAACAACUGGGGCCAGAUGAAAAUGGCAUUUAUGAUAAAUGGAAAAAGUGAUGAUGUUAUGAUGAUGACGUUGUUGAUGAUAAAAGGGAGUUUCAGCAUCGGCGACGGCAGCGAAAGCGUCACUUUUAAAUGAAUUCGCUUUUUGUCAAACUUUGUCGCGUUUAUUCCAAUUCGCUGAAAAUGUCUAAUGUAGACAAAUUUCCCAGCAGUUGAUUUCUUGGGGACCGCACUCAAAUUUAGAAAGAGAAAGAAAAUUUCGCCGUCGCUUGUUUACGUCCUCCAUAAAACGUGGAAAUAGGCAUUUUCACGUCGUAGUCGUGCAGUAACGGCCAAGAAAUGUACAAAAAUGCGUGAUGCAUGUGCAAGGUUGUAGUUUUGCUCAUUAAACCUAUUGCUGUUUUGACGUUCCCGUUGCCGUCAUCGUCGUCGUUGCUAAAACUUCCUAAUGAUAAUGACGAUGACGAUGACGAUGAUGAUGAUGAUGAUGAUGAUGAUGAUGAUGAUGAUGAUGAUGAUGACGUUUAUGAGGUCAAAAAUCUUGAGAAGGCUGUUGAGUCGCAGUGAAUAAACCCUCUUUCUGCUUUUCUUUGUUCCUAUGUAGGAGCCAGAAGUGAGGAUUCCAGUAACCCAAGGGAUUGUUGGUUGUGUGGCAACCACAGGUAUACUACUAAUUCAGUUGUUUCAGAAACUGCGUUUAAACUGACCUUCUAAGCUCGUAAGUUGUUAUUACAGUCAACUUUUAGCGGUAUACCACUGUAUUGCGGCCAUCGUUAUUUUUUGGCGGACAAAAUAGCUUACGAGUGAUGAAAUGCUCUCUCCAGUUAAGAGAUCUUGGUAGGAUAUUAGGCCUACUUUGCACCAGAACUAAAUGGAUGAAAUAAAUGGAUGCGAAACACGUCCCGGGUGCAAUAUCUCUUCAGGAGUUUUAAAAGAUGCACGCCCGGAGAUACACCCCGCGACCUUUCUGCUUAGUAGUCCAAAGCUGCUCUUAGGGAGCUUAAGCAAAAACGUUUUUGAGCGACGCACGUCAAUCGGAAAUGAGGCUUUUCCCUUUAAAAAUUCCUUGACGUUAUUGAAUUCGUAUUGCUACUGUUUUUACUCUUGUGGAAACCACUCACCUGAAAAGUUGGGCAAAACCAUUGCCCAAGAAUGAAAAAAGUCCACUUCUGGUUGGCGUGCAUUACUAAAAAACGUCCUUGCUUAAGCCCUCUAUUGACGGUAAUAGUUAAUGAAAUGUUGCUAAAAUUGGGGAACUGACACCUUACCAUUAUUAAAGUGUCCAAUCAGACUCUAAUCGAGCUAAACUAUUUGCUUGACUUAAGCCCUCCUGCAAUAUUAUUUUCGUCCUUUUAUUUUUGUCUGCUUAAUUGUUUGUCAGGGAAGAUGUUGAAUAUAAAAGACGCUUACAGCCAUCCACUGUUCUAUAAAGGUUUGGAUGAAAAAACUGGCUUCAGAACGAGGUAAGACAUAUUACCAUAAAACCCCGAAUAGAAUGCCUCUUCAGUCGAAUUUAUGUUUUCCGCUGAUGUUAAUUAACGUCAAAUCAUCAUUUUAUUUUUCAAUCGGACUCUGACGCUCAUUGCUGCCUGAUUAAUUUUCAGAAACAUACUGUGUUUUCCUAUCAAAGAUGAACAAGGUAGGUUAAUAGGAUAAUUCUAACAUUAAAUAAGAGUGAGGCGCUGGACAAAGGGAGAUGCAAGUUGACUUAUGUGCUUUGACUUGCGAGUUAGUAUUACCGUUAUUUCGAGCACCUGCGUUAGCCAUAUUCGCAACUUCUUUUCCAAAGUUCUUUAUGAGGACAUAAAAGAUUAAGUUUUCCCUGGGUGAGGUGGUUUUUGCCCCAACCCCGGGAUAGAUUUAUCUAAUUAAUGGAUGAAGUAGGAAAACCCUGUAGAGAGUUGAUUAGCCAAAUUGAAUCCUUAUCAAAAGUGGGAAAAUAGUGCAUUAAGAUUAUAAGGCCUUGAUAACGUCAAACUUAGCUUUAGUGCUCGAAAACUUUCAAAACCCUUUUUUAUUCUAUUUUAUUUUUAUUCGGUGGGGGAGUAGAGGGGGUUAGGGGCACGUACGCUCAUACAUGUAAGUGUGGUGCAUGCGCGAGCGUUUACUCGCCCCAGUCUUCUUCCACUUUCUAAAUCAAAGAUGGCGACCGUGGAAAAUAAGGCACACUCGCGCGAAAGAAUACACGCCUGCAGAUCAUUGGAUGCGACGCGAUGACAAAACGUUCUUCGAAAGAGGAGAAUGGAAAACCACUCUGGAACAUUCAACACCUCUAUCAACUUAAUAAGUUAUCCAAAUUUUUAUCUUUAGGAGUCAUCGGAGUAGCGCAACUGUGCAACAAAAUAAAUGGUAAGUAGCCGGUAACGCUGCAUCCUUACACUACCGUGGUCUUGAAACGACACCGACUUCCUUUUACAAGCCCAGCAAGCCCAGGUUUGUCACAUAAACCCAUAGUUUAGUGGCCUUACCUCCCACGAGUCUCCUGUAGCUUAGUGGUAGAGCAUCUGGACUAGAAAUCGGAAUAUCAUCGGUUCGACUCCGAGUACUCGGAUUUUUUCUUCCAAGCCGCUUUAUGUUUGAUAAACAUUCUCAAAUCCGUCAUUUUUGACUUUUUAUAGGUUCUUGUUUUACAAUGUUUGAUGAAGACCUUACGAGAGCGUUUGCCAUAUACUGUGGAGUCAGCAUUUUCCAUGUAAGUCAGUCCGAUUAAGUAUUCUUUUAAUAUAUAACUGCAGAGUCAAGUCUUCCCUCGGGUUUGAUUUGGGGAAAAAUUUAUUCAAAACACUCAUCUACACUCAUUCAAUCAAAACUGAGUCUCAGUGUUCUAUCUAUUUCACUGCUGUUUUCUUGCUUGUGGGGAAAAAAAUAACGACAACAAACAAACAAACAAACAAAACACAGCGUCAGCAAACAUUACCCAGCCUGAUUACCGUCCUUGAAAUAAAUUAAGGCCCGGACACUUUCACAAGACAAUCCCUGGUGGACAUCAAAGUGUGUACAAAAACUCUUGGAAAAGUCUAGGAACUUAAGGACGUUUUCUUAAUAUAUUUUUUUCACUACAGUUCUUUAAUAACAUUGCUAAUGGAAUUUUUAGUCAUUUUCAUAAAACGUUGUAAUUAAAGGGUCUUUAUUUAUCGUCCGUCUUACGAUAGUAAGACGAACGAUGAAUGUGCGCGAUCACGACGUUUCGACUUCGUAUAGCGCAGAUCUUCAUCGCGUAAUAGUGCCCAGUUUACUGCUAGAGUGGGACUAAUAGUACCACCAUGGUUGACUUCUAAGAGUGAAUUUACCCAAGAAGAAGACGGUAGACCUACCUCAGUAAUUAUGUUUGAACACUUUUUCGCAAAACUUCCCCUUCCUUUAAAUAGAUUUUUUUGAAAACAAAAACAAAAAACGGAACAAAGCAAUGAGGUUAGUGGAGAUCACGAGAAAACUCGCGAGUAAUCAGUAGCCCCAUCACGUUUGUCCCAUACAAACGUUUUGCCGUCCUCUUCUUUCUGCCGUCAUGUUGCAUAAACUCAUUAAUGAUUGGUGAAUCACGAACCACACUUAUGGGUGGUGGGUUUCGAUUUGAAGCAUGCUUGGCAUUCUGAGAGGUCGAAGCUAUUCCCUCAGCGGUCGGUUGUAGUAGCGAUCGGGUGCUCUGUUGUUUGAUCGUGGGUAUCCACGCUUUAGUAAUCUUUAUUCCAUUGUCCCUGUGGAUGUUGCUAGGGUGAGGUCUCUACCAAACUUCCCUCGAGUUUCCCUCCACUUUUCCUUCUUGGACGUAAGAGUGCCAUUUUCGUCUAGUGAUCAUAUGCGUUGUUCACUUUAAUAUUAAGAAGCUGAGCCUUGUGUUCUUACAAUCUCAUCUCGUUCCAACUCUGGAUUUACCCUGUUAGUCCUACGUAACUUUCGACAGGAGAGCAAACACCAGAAAUGUGUGCGGAAUGUGCUGCUUUGCAGACUGUACACGAUGGGAUUUACAGUCGAGUUUAAAAAGAUAAGGCCAGAGGCAAUACUGAAAUGAAUCUGCCUUAACUGAAUUAAGCCAGUGAAGCCCAAAAAGUAAAUUGUUAGUUCUGGAAUCCAGCAAAAUGCAUAAACAAAUGUCACGGCUAUCACAAGCUUGGUGACACGCCGUCUGUAGCGAAGCACUGCCCUCUGGGUAGCCUCGUUCUCUUGCUUUUUAAACCACAGUCUGUAAACCACUCGCGAAUACAAACAUCCCAUGAUAGUCAACGGGAUAAUUCCGGCGACCACAGUCCAGCCAACUGUGUAAAUAUUCGCAUAAACCUGUUUUGGCCAACUGUGUACGCAGGCAUUUGCAACUGGGUUGUACACUGUGAUGAAGAAUCCUACUCCGGCCCAUAAGAGGGAAAGGAUCCAACUCACGAGAGCGAAGAAUUUAACCUUUCUCUUUGUUAACCUUCUGUUUUGGUUGUGGGGAAACACCACUGAAGAAUACCGUUCGAUUGCUAUGGCAACCAGGGAGAAUACGGACGUGACCGCGCCAACCCAGCCUGGUACACCUCCGGUGACAAGCUUGCAGAGUAAAUCCCCUAUUAGACCGGUGGGGUGGGUGACAACUGGCGUGAUUAUGUACUGAAUCCCAAAGAACACUGCGACAAGUAUAUCCCCAACUGCGAGAUUGACUAGCAGAUAAUUGACGGGUGUCUUCAUUGAUUUGUUCGUGAGUACAACCAGGAUGACGAGUGUGUUGCCAAAAAUAUCCACAACGGCCAUCACUGAGAAAGCAACAGCAAAGCUGAUGUAGAGAGACGACAUUGUUUUUAUCGCUUUGUUCUAUUUGAAACCUUUAAAACAAAAUAGAACACAUUAAUCAGGCUUUCAUCGAACAGCCCAUAGAUUAAUACACAAUAUAGGUUGAAUUCAUGAACCUUUAACCUCAUGCAUAGAACUUUGGAUUUCCAAAACAAAAAGCUCAAUUCCCUUCGAACAAGACCGUGCUUGUAUGGAAUUUAAAAACUCUCCGUCGAUAAAGCUACAAAAAGAAAUAUUUUUAUUUUGUUUAAUUGAUUUGGGGGGUGGGGGUACUCCUCCCCCCCCCCCCCUCCCCCGCAAAAGAAAAUCCCAGAAUCGAAAAUUCCAUACCAAAAAGGAAUCCUUCGAUCAUCCCCGUCACUCGAAAUCCAGAGUACCCCCUUGGGCUUGAUCCCAAAGGCGUAGCUAAAAAGAGGAACACGUACAUCUGCGGACAAGUUGACAGUUAGAAUUUUGAGCGUUUUAAAACCAGGUUUUUCUCAAUUGCAAAACAAGAAGGAGAAUAGUAUAACCAUCGAAAGAGUAACGUUUCAACAUUUCUGAAAAAAAAGAAAAGGGAGCUACUUUUCGUACGCGGCCAGUUCUCACCGCGAAAAUGUAGCUUCUGCUAGAAAGGUAGUAAGUCGCUGGCUUGUAACUUUUGUAACUGCAGAGAAUAACAAAAUUGUAUGAAUAAACGACGUAUUGACAUUAGUGCGUGAUACGAAAACGGAUGGUUUAUUGACAGAUUAGAGUGGAUUAAUGCAUUCUUCGGCCGUAAAUUGUCUAACGUCGAGACUCAGUAUCCUAAGUCUACACCUGUAAAUUGACUCGCUCCUCCCUCUGCACUUUAAGUGGUAUUUGAUGGUUGGAUGUGCAGAAUCUGCUGCAGAUAUGAACUUUAAUAAUCCAUUAUCGUCUUCGCUCUUAACGUUUGACAACGGUUAUUGUUAAGUAUGACACAUUCGUGUGAAAAGUCAACUUUUCCAACAGAUGAUUUAUUAAAAAUCAAGCGUGUUUAUAAAUCUGUCACGGUUGCAAAUGAAUCUGUUGUAUAAAAUUAUGAAAGGCAGCUAUCAUAUUUUCCUUUUUUUCAUUAUAAUUUAUAUCCUUGAGAUUUUCCGACUUUACCUUUGUAUUUUGUAAGACAACAGUUUUGUAGCCUUUGAAAGUCGUCACGUGUCUGAGGGGUUACAACAAAAGACAGAAAGAAAGUAAGAGAAAAAGAAACAAAUAUUUUUCUGGUCACGGAGAAUUAAUAUUGUUUCUUUAUUCGCCCCUUCUUGGCUUUGUUCUGUUUUGUUUUGUUUUGUUUUUGCGUUUGUUUAAGCCUAUACGGUUUGUUUAAAUCUGCACCCCUCGCUAUCAGCACGAUGAAUUUGUAAAGUUAUCUCGCAACGUUCUUACUGUGAGCCCUUUCGAACCAUAACAAAACUCUCUUAUUUUACACAUUACUUCCUGCUCUAUCCAACAUGUCCUAACUAACCCAUUUCCGCUCAAUUGUUCGAAACAUGAAUCAAGGUAUUAAAUAUUUUCCCUUCUUGUGUUCUUUUAAUUCUGAAAAAAGUAAAUAUUGCUUUCGAACUGGAGAUCGCUUAUUUGAAAUUUGGUAUCUUUGACAGCUUUUGACAUUUUAGUCUUUUACAGACUACAAUGUGGGAACUUCUUUUAUGCACGUAAUGAAAAAAGAACUGGAAAGUAUAAUACUGUUUAAUUUGAAGGAUCAAUAUAUAUAGUUUUAUCUUGUAUAUAUUAUUUCAAUGUUUUACAUUUAUUGUUACUUUUCUAUUAACAUAUGUGUAAAGUACUUGCCCUGCCAUGUCUGCUUAUAUGCAUUCAACUAUUCCACAACUCCGUUUAACUGUUAAAAUAAGUACUUUCGUUAUUAUCCUUUUUUCCAGUUUUUUUUUGUUGCUCCAUACAUUGCUGGGUCCAGAAAACACGAGCAUAUUAAUUUAUUAAUUUCACAAAAAUACUGAACGUGUAAAAUGUGGCAUGCUUCAAAACAUAAAUUUGUUAAACCCGUUCCACGCAUUUUUUUUUCUUUUUCUUUUUUUUUUUUUUGUAAUCCAAAAAAGCUAACGUGCACUCUUAUGCAGGUUUGAAUAUAAGAAUAUUUAUUAUAGGAAAAAUUUCUAAACUGAGUUGAACGAUGGGGAAUGUUCGUUAGAGUUUUCAAAUGGCGGUCUUUCGUUGUUGGCAAGGACAUUGCCGCAGAUUAUGAAUGUUGUUGAUCUAAGGAAUGGUGAAAAAAUCUUUGAGCACCUUUUCGCGAGUUGGCGAGAAGCAUUAAUGAGCGCAAGAGUAUUAGAACAGUAAUAAACACUGAAAAGGUGACGAGAAUAAAAUACACGUUAGAGGACAGAGCUUAAGCAUGUUGCUAGUGAUGCAAAUGCAAAAGCUAUUACAGAAAUAAAGUUGUGAUAUUCCGUUGUUGAGAGCGCGUUGCUCAGUGGAAGGAAAAAUCUUUGAUGCGGAGCAAAUUCAUAACGUCAAAUAAAAGUUUAAUUUACCUUUCUUGAAAUUAGCGUUGCCUUGCUUCCAAGUUUAUGACGUGCUGAUAAGGUACAAUUGUCGGAGUAAAUUUAGAAUCUCAUAUAUGCAACAUCUUAUCAGCUUUGCUCGCAGUUUUUCGUUAGGAAAAACACCCCUGACCAGAAUUCUUUUUUUUUUGUAAAUACUGAUGAAAAUGCGUGAUGCCCUUGAAGGGCUGGUGCAGCUUUGUUCGCCUUUUUUCCGACAAGCGGAUCUAUUUUCUUUUUUUUUUUUUUAACACUCUCGGCUUCUUAUUGAAAUUGAUAUAAUUUUUCAAUAGUGUUUUAUUUUUUUGUUAGCGUAUCGCACCAACAAAAGUUUCAGCUGCCUUUGUUGACUUUUAUCAAAUACUCAGUAAUUCAUUUUUUAUGAAAGUAUGUACUAAAGACAGCGCCGCUGACAUUCGUUUGUUUCUUUCUACCUCUCUUCCGAAGACGUUUCUUUUUAGCAAUGUAAUUGUUUGCCCCGUCUGCAUUAGGAAAUAGUAGGUUUGUUUGACGUUUAUUCGCGCGAAUUCAUUUAACUGGCAAGCGGGAACUUAAUGUGUUGCUUUUCGUCCGUGUUGAAUACAGGUUUUAUAGGUUUUUAGUGGUUGUCAUUCUUUGGGGGUCUUCCACACGACUCUUAGCAGUAAUAAAGCCCAAAUAUGCUACGGACAAAUUUUUUUUAUAAGACAAGGUUUAUCACUGGUAAAAUUUUAGACCUCUAUCGUUGCCUUGGUUACGCUGAUGAUUUAGAACAGCAGUAAAAUACAGGAAACCCGAACGCUAUACUAGGUAAUAAAAUAAUCAGUUGUUAUUUACCUGUGUUUCCUGGUCAUUGUAAGUCGUCUUUAAGUGGAUAUGAAUCCGAUCAGAGACGGUUUAACAUUGCCGGUAUCUGAAUGUUUGAUUGUCUAGCGCGUCGUCGAUAGGACGCGACAGUUACCAAAUAUCAUGGUGGAAACUUGAGGCUAGACUUUCUCAAAGCCCGUUUCCGGUUUCUGACUGACUCGUCCCUAGUAGUCUUCGCAUAACGCGCGCAGCGGGAGCAGGGGUCAAUGGAAAGUGAGAAGAGAUAAACACUCCCUCGCUUUCCUCCUUCCCAUCGCACUUUGCGCGCAACUAGGGACAGGUUGCGAGAGAGACUGGGGACGAGUCAGAGUUUCUGCUGAUUCAGCCACAUAUAUUAUAAUGAUGUACUGUGUAGAAUUUUUAUUUUUGUAAAUACGUAGAAUUCUUAUAUUAGUCUUAUUGUGAUUAGUUAGGAAGUUUAAUUUAUUGUUUGUAUACGACCACAUCAGCUUUGCUGAAUGUUUAAUCGUGUUUAAAUAAAUGCUGUUUUUACUAUAACAAUGAUUAUUAUUACUGCGCAUAACAAGACGGACGCUGUGAAAAAAAGCUUCUCCAGAGGCAUUAUUACCAUGAAGUCCAUCGAAGAGAACUGUUAAUGGAAUUAUCGGUGACGGUUUUUUCUGGCCGAGAAGAGUCUCAAUGUCAUGAAAAUGUGAAUAACGUCUAGUUAAAGCGGUACGCGUGUCGGCGAUGAGUUCGCCCUCCGCAACCAGGCGUUCCAUAGUGGAUGUGAACAUGUGCUGAAUCACUUUUAAUGGCAUUUAAGCUCCAUCUUUAUCAGACUGCAUCCUAACUUCGAUGUUUGGAUGUAGUUUCCGUAAAAUCUUAUUUUCUAGUGCUUUCUUGCCCCUUUAAAACUCGCCCCAGUUCUCCCUCAAAAAGCGGAAGGAAUGCAGGUGAUACGUCGGUGGUGCGAAUUUUUUGCUGUCCUACGGAACAGAGGGGCAUUCUGUCUGCGCAUGUGCAGUACAAAGAGGCUUUUAUAAGUAGCCGCUGAAACGCGCCCGCACGUGGCGCGCGCGCGUCCGCUUCCCGCUCUUUUUGAGCAAAACGAAAACAAAAAAUAUUAAAUGCAAAAUAGCCGUGUACGCUGGUCGGUUUGUUGUCUUUUUAGAAGUAUCGGUUUAAAAUGCCAGUAAGGAAAGAAAUACCUGUUGUCCUACGGUCCUACGGCUAAAAACGAGAAGGGUGACACCAAUUUCUUUAUUAAUCGAAAAGUGCGUCCUUACCGUGAAAGAGAAAAAAGGCAAAAAUCUAUUUUUUAUUUUUUUUGGCGAUUUACGUAAUUAUAUGAACGAGCGAAGUCGAGGGUUAAAUAGGAUUCUUUUCUUUCAACAGAAAAGUGCGUCCUUACCAUGAAAAAAAAAGGCAAAAAUCUAUCUUUUUUUUGGCAAUUUACUUAAUUAUAUGGACGAAUGAAGUCGAGAGGAUUAAUAAACAAUAUGAACUGACCUGAGCUGAAUGACUGUUGUAUUUUAAUUAUAACUACUAAUGUGAUUAUCACAGAGAAAAGGAAAAUCCGAAUUUAAAUUGUUAAUUCUGUCGGUUUACAGUGUAAUGCUUUUGCAUUCAAAUACAAUCUUUUUUUCUAUGCUUUUAACUGUUUUAAUUGCUUUGCUUAGUUACAUGUAAGCCAGACUCUUAGAAACUUAAGCUUUAAGUUUUGCUGAUCCCUUUGUUGUCUUGAUCUUUCCAGUUGACAACGGUGCCAUUUUCAUUAUUUUCAACGAAAACUGAAGAAAUUUACUAAUUUCUUUUAAAACAGAUAUUUUUCCGACGAAGGAUUGCCGGAGAUUCACUUUUUUAAUGCUUUCACCUUACCCGUAAAUUGGUUUUAUUGGAGGAACUAGUCUUUCAAAAUCUUACCUUAAAAUGGUUUAUCCCGAAAUAAGAGACGUCGUUAGAGGUUUUCAGAAUCUGUUUUUAGUCUUCUAUUGGGGUUUCUCACAGUUUUCGCUCGAUCUCCUAAAGAGUCAUCAGAGAUCGCUAUAAUCACCCCGCGCGGGUGUGAUUAUCGCGACAAACGACGUAAUGCUCGACCAAUCAGAGCGCCGAAUAUAUAUAAUCAUCUGAGUAAUUAUACCAAUACAUUACGUUAAGGACUAAUGAUAUCACUCGCUCGCUCGUUAAUACGAUGUUAUGUGUACACAUUAAUGAAAGGUUUGGUUAUAUGUCUUACUUGGUAGAAGUGUAAUAUUGAGUUGAGACACUGGCUACCAAAUGGGCCCCUUAACUACUGGGAGAUAAUGUAUCACGCGCUUGUCAGACUCUUAGAUAAAAUACCCCCCAGUUAUAGCUCGUUGCGAAAAACUGUUCAGGUUUCUUUAAUAACUUUGGAGAUCAUCGUGACUCCUGCUUCUGAGUAUAAGUGUGAUUUCCGACUUCCAGUUUCUUUUCAAGGACGAUUUAAAUUUACCCCAAAUUUUCCUGUCAUAAAGCUGUCGCAUCAGCCACCAUAUUGAGUUAUCAUGUUGGUUUUUUGGCUGCAGUUAAUCAGAGUACAACAGGAGCAACCGAGUGACGUCACAAAAUUCAAAAUGGCGGCGCGUGCUAAAUUUUCUUUAGCUUUUUCCUUUCCUUUAGGAGUCUUCUUCUUUCUGUUAAAGAAGUGAGGGUUCUUGAUCUAUACAGUACAUUCAUGUCUGUUAUGAUUUUCUCGCUCUCUCUCCCUCUCUAUUUUUUUUCUUUAGUCUCUGUUAUACAAGAAUGCUAAAGACGCCUCUCAUAGAAGUCGAUUGUCAAGUGAAAUGAUGAUCUACCAUAUGACGGUAAUGAAAAUACUAUACACUGGGGACAUGUUAGAUUUUCCUUAACUCAAAACAGAUAAAAUAGGACUUUUGAAAGACUUGUCUCUAAAAAUCUUAGUAGAUUUUUUAUGAUAGAUUCCACGUUAAAUUUGGCAGUAAUACGAAACUACCGAAGCUCAAUUUUAAAAAAGACGAUCCAUUUACUUUACGUAUUUUCUUGUUAUAUAAUAUAAAAAAUCAAGAGUCCUAGUGGGUGUCUCCUUUAUUAUUGUUGAUGAUGAUGAUGAUGUUUUUGAUAAAUACAACACUCGUCCAUUGAGAGGGUGAUGGCACGCUAGAAUGUAAUCUGUGUGGAGAUUGCGAGUCAAGUUUGUUUUAAAUUUACUUUUCUAACUUCGUACGUGUUUUGACUUAUAAGAGCCACAUGUGUAACUGAUUGAAGGGUUUUAUUGCUCUUAUCCCUUAAAGGUCAAUCAAGCUGAAGUAGACGCCUUAAUCACCAAACCAAUUCACAAGACAGAAGAAAUACACUCACAGUUCCGUCUUUUCGCUUGUGCACCUAGAACUAUUUUACCAGAUUCUACGUUACCAGUAGGUUAUCUUUUAAUUCCUCAUAAUACUAGGCAACCUUAUCGCUUACACGUUCGCAAAAUGGUUGAUGGGGGGCGGGGUAAGAAAGAUAGAGUAGAUAACUGACGUUUACCUCUUGCAUUAUUGGGCAAUGAUUUUGCUCAAAUUUUAGGACGCAUCGUCUCUAUAAGAUGGAUGCUUUAAUUUACGAAAUGCUCUUUAUCAGAGAAAAGAAACCUAAACUAAACGCCCAAUCUGACUCUAUCAAAGCAAAACUAUUUAUCUCAUAAAUUAGCACCUUUUACACUUUAUAUUGUAUUAUUCUCUUUUAAUCACAUGCAACUAAACUUUCGCACACAACUCCCCAUAUAAUGAUCUCACGGAAUUAAGAACUUCACGAAUUUGAAAACGAUGACAUGGAGUCACGAAACGUCACUCAUUGCUAUCGCUAAUUUUUAUUGUCAACAUGAAAUCGAAGGAAACAAGUCUCUCGUUAUCCCUACAAUGGAUAGUCAUCAUUUUCUAUACUGAUCUCAAUCGUGUGUGAAAGUGUUUUUGUUACCGAUGAUGUUAUUCUUGUUAUUUCUGUUAUAACUGUUUUCUUGUUAAAUUAUAACACCGAUCAACAACUACAACUGAUUAUAUUCGCCAAUAUCUUUUCUCUUUGUAGGCUUGCCUUUGUAUGUUUGAAGACCUUGGUAUGAUAGAGAAGUGGAGAAUACCCAAAGAAGUUUUAGUAAGGUAUAUACCGACCAGACCCCGCAAGAAAACAGAUAUUUGGCUUUCAUGAAAAAAGUCAAAAUAACAUUACCGUGGCGAAGGGAGAGUCUGAGUGAAGUAGGAGCAGUACCAGCAGUCGGAGCAAAGAAUUUAACCUUGUACUUAGGAGAUAAAAGGAGUCAUACUCUUUGGGUCGGUUAUCGAAGUCUAGCUUGCACCGCGGUUUUGCAAAUCUUUGGACCUUUAGAUCUCUUUCAUCGUGGGUUUCUAUCUUUUCUUGUGUACCCUAUAUGCUUUCAUGAAACUGUUUGCGAUAAAUGGUGUUUACAUGAAAGCGUUAGGAACUUGGAAAAUGGCGUAGAAAGUGGUUUUGUCAAACACUGGCUGAACUCCGUUUGAAUAACUGGCCGUAUGUCUUUUUUUUCCGUUAUCGCGAUUUCCAUGUUCAUUCAGUGUCUGUUAGAAAAACUAAAGUGGUAAAAAAACGUUGAUAAAAAGCCUCUUCUUGGUCCUUGUUGUUUUUUCUUCUGGUUUGUUUGUUUGUUCGUUCGUUUUUUUGGGAGGGAAGGACGCAGUGGUGGACUACUUCCUAUUUGAUAUAUAGAUUAUACUGUCAUAAAGAAACCAAAGCCCCAAAGCGUCAUAAUUUUUAUAAGAUGAAGGGAGACACCAAGUGAGCCAAGAUGUUCGAAGUUUGAUUAGCCUCGGAUUAACUGUAAGCGGAACAUUCAAGUUGUCAUGGUAACAAACCCUGGGUUUGCGCUAAUCGUAUUUCGAACAUCGUCUCGUGCCAGAACCCAAACACUUAAGUUACUAAACCACCAUUAUGCUGAUAAAUUCUCGUUUGCAAAUUCCUUGCUCAUGCGAAUUGUCGAGGAGUUGCUGAAGGACUCGUGCGUUCCUAGGACAAAGGGCAUUGGAGUCUGAUAAUCCUAAGUAUGCUGCCAAACCGCACUUUAACAAAUAUUGUUACGGUCUCUUUACGAAAUUUCCAGUACAAAUGUGGUUGUCACCACAGCAAACCAAUCAACGCGCGAGAAGUCACUAAGUUGUUGUAAAAAUAUUGUUUGCAGAUUUUUGCUGAUGGUCAGAAAAGGUUACAGGAAUCCCCCGUAUCAUAACUGGAGUCACGCUUUCACUGUCGCUCAUUUCUGUUACCUUCUCUUCAAGAAUGCAAAGAUAAGCAACAACUUAAGGUAAGCAGACUGAGUGAGACCUACAUCCUAACCCUGAUUUCCAAAUAGUCGCCUUGAUUUCUUGAUGGUCUUGUUUUUUUAAGCGAUUUUCAAUGGACGGCCAAGGUGUUCCGACAGUUAUAGGGAAAUCUGCCCACGCAUAAUGAUCCGAUCUGGUCUUGUAUUCAGGAUUCCACGUUGUGGCUUCCGGGUUUCAGGUGCUGGAUUCCAGAUGUCAGUUGAACUUGGAUUAUGGAUUCCUUCAGCUGAAUUCCGGAUUAACAAAGUUCGGGAUUCCGGACUCCAUAAGCAGAAAUGCCCCGGAUUCUGGAUUCCUCAAGCAACGUUUCUUGGAUUCCAGAAUCCGGAUUAGCUUACAUGGGGCGAGACUCCAGUUGUAUGCAGGCGGUUGCGAUCGGCCUAAUCUUCCGUACAGUCCCCUUUUGCAUCACAGGUGAUUUCAUAUGACCGACGCGAUCGCCGGAACACUUUUGAAGACGAAUUGAAAGUCGAGACAGUCUGGGCAAUCAUUAUUUCUUUAAACAGUGUACAGAGCUGAUGUUCAUGUGGUGUACUACGCCGCCGCUACACAAUUUUAGUAUAUUUCCAAACAGGGAAAUUCAAAGGUCUUUUAAACACACUGUUGCCUUUUUUUUUCUAUUUGAUAGAGAUGUUGAAAUGCUGGCGUUGUUUGUGGCCUGCCUGUGUCAUGAUAUUGACCACAGGGGCACCACAAAUUCUUUCCAGGUGUCUUCGGUAGGUGAAAUUACUGUUUUUGUUUGUUUACUGGUUCUGUCCUAUUAUGUGCCAUUCUUUUUAAACUAAAAAUUUGUUUGUUUGCUUUUUGUUUUGUUUUUUCGUUUGUUUACUGCUCAAUUGCGUUCCCUUUUUUACUGUUUUCAGGGUUCAACACUGGCUGCGCUUUAUAGCUCGAAGGGCUCUGUAUUAGAGGUACUUGCCGUAUGAUUGUUGUUGUUAUUAUUAUUGAUGUUUUUGUUUGUUUGUGUUUUGUUUUCCCUUUUUCUGCUACGUCCACCAAGACUUCCGAAGUUACGCGAUGGUGCAAUUUGGCGUAAGUGACCUCAAAUUGCAUUCGAUAUCGCGCGCACAAUUGGUAAAAAAAAUUUCAAAUGCCAUUAAGGCAAACAAUGAAUUCUAACUUUUACUGAAACUGGUCCCAGUUAAAGGUGAUUCACCAGUUAAAUAGUCUUGAAAGACAUCUUAAAGCUCUGAUUGCGCUUGUUGGUGAUUUUCAAAGACAGUUUGAUUUUGGUCGGCGUUGUGACUCGUCUUGUAAUUUUACUGAGCCAGUUUGAUAUUUUCAGUGUUUCAUCAAAGAAACAAAUGGAGUACGACGGUCAGGUGUUUCAUCGGUGUGACUCGACUCAAACAAAAUUUUGACGGAGAAACUCAAAAAAAAAGCAUUAAACCCGAAUUUUCUUUUGAUGAGUAUUGUGUACACGUGCUUAAGCUCAGUUUAUGCUGUGAAAGAAUAAUGGUCGCCUCAUUUACUGUAUGUAAAACCGACUGGCAUUUACUUUACUUGCUGUUUUGCAGAGACAUCAUUUUGCUCAAACCAUGUGCAUCCUCAACUCAGAGGGUUGUAAUAUUUUCAAGAAUUUAACCGGAAAGGUGAGAUUUCUUUGCGUCGUUUGGGUAUUAUUUAACCACGUCAGGAAAAUCUCAGUCGGUAAUGCUUUGGUCUACAGAGUGGGAGGUUGCGGGUUCGUUCCGUGGAGCGUGUUAGAAUAACUGACGUACAAGCGCUUAGACUUUCACGUGGCACAGAUGAUCAUAUAGAAGUUGUCCGUAUCUGAAUUAUUUUAUCUUCUCGUUGUUUUACAUGUAACAAGAAUUCAGACGUUUUUAACAGUCCAUCGACUAUUCAGCAGAGUCUCUCGUUUCCGUCCCACCAAUAGGGGAUCAUUGGGACCCGUUUCUCGAAACUCCAGGACUGUUCCAGGCAACGUUUCUCGCCUGUAGCUAUAUUUCAAGGGUUAGUAGUGCUGGUCCAAGAUCAUAAACCUUUCCACACCGUUUCGUUUACCGACAGCUUUAUUGGAUUACUUUCUAUUGAAAACUUUUGAACUUUGUAGCUCGAGUGCAAGCACCGUGAACAGCUUUCUCGGAGACUUUUGAAUUUUUCUUGGUGUUGCGGAAACCAUUGUUGGUUAGGCAUUGCGUUGUGGUGUGGUUAUUGUUCAGUACCUUUUUAAUCUUUUGUAUUACGUCAUUUGGUGAUUGAACACCACCACCAAGAAACCACGGACUUUUCAAAAAUGGACUCUAGAAGGAAGAACAGACACUCUAGGGACGAGAUUGCAGCACCAUUUCAUUUGAUUAUAAGAUCGUUAUUUGCUUUUCCCUUUAGGACUACGAAGAAGUCUUUGGUCUCAUCCGUGAUAUCAUUUUGGCAACAGACCUCGCUCAUCAUUUGAAAAUCCUCAAUGACAUCAAGAAAAUGGCGAAAGGUGAGCUUAGGAGAUCAUUAGAUUCGUUCGGUUUACUGUUAUCGUGGUAGGACACUUUCAGGCUUUAAAAUUCAGGUAGAAGAGACUUCAAUGCAAAUUUCUCUUUAGACUACACUACAGAAAGUUGCAGAGCUCCCAUUAACGUUCACAAAUACCACCACGUCGUCUGUUUUUCAAGUUCACGCGGUCUGUCCUUUUUUCCUUCUGCAGUUUUGCCCGUCCAUACACUUAUUCAAAGAUGGUGGCAAAUUUGGUCCUUCUUUUUUCUUCAUCCCAUAAUAGGCAUCCAAUUCCUCGUUUUGAUGUAAACGUUAAUUUUCAUUUCCCAGUUGCCGUUGAGCGGAUAGUUAGCGCAAACGUAAAAGAAAAGUAAUAUUGCCACCGUUUUGUAAUAAGGUGUAUGCCGUCUUUGGAUUUCAUUUAGCUCUUUAGUGCACUUAUAGUUAUUACUGCUCUUUUCAAAAACACGCGUUUUUAGCUUCCGUCAAACAUCUAAGCGGACCUCUUAGGAAACAGAAGUUUACUUUAACGGGUUCAAAACGUCAUGGUUUGUGAUUUGUUAUUGGUGGAUUUCGAUCCGUUUUGUGUUUCGUUGUUUUAGGGUUCGUUGCUUGUGCUCGUUAUGAUUGACGGCAGUGAAAAACGCAAUUAUGAAGGCGGCGUAUUUCUGAAAAGCGUAGUGACGUGCGCUUUUCAUUUGUUCUGCAGUUCUGAAUUACAUUCCCUAACACUGCAUGACUUAAACUAAAAGCACAGCUGUAUAAGAUGUGCAACUGUCCUCAAUCACCCUUCUCGUAUGUUUGUCCACAGACGGAUUCAAUGCUGACUCUGCAGACCAUCACACUCUCCUUCUGUUUCUCAUGAUGACAGCCAGUGAUCUCUCUGAUCAAACGAAAAACUGGGAGGGAACAAGGAGAACAGCGGUAGAUGUCUGAUUCUGUUUCCUACUGAAAUACCAAAAAAUAAACGAAAUCAGGUUUUUUAGAGGCCGUUAAUAACAUUAAAUGAAAAAUCUCAGUGGUAGCGUGAAGAGAAACAAGAUUAAACUCAACUCCCAUUUCCAGCCUAGACCCGAGGCUUUCCGGCUCUGCUCGAACUGGAAUCUACUUUCGCGCGGUGAUCUCACCUAGAAGAACGAGCCCAGGCCCCAGCUGUUCUAAAGGUGGGUAGCGCUAUCCAUGGGAUAAAUUACUAUCCAACGGAUAAGUGUUAGGGAAACAAUUGCACUAUCCACUGGUUAAGGAUUUAUACGGUGGAUAACGCUGUCCACCUAUUGAACAACUGGGACCAGGCCCCGGUUGUUCAAAAAUUCGACAGCGCUAUCCACCGGAUAAUUCGCUACCCAGUUGAUAAGUAGUACGAAAACCAAUUGCGUUAUCCACUGGAUAGUAAUUUAUCCAGUGGAUAGCGCUAUCCACCUUUUGAACAACCGGGGCCAGAACGAGAAUGAGAACUCUUGCCCACCCUUUCGCAGACUUCGCGCGGACAACACGGAAAGAUAAGAUGUCUAGGGACCACGCUUCCACUUAUCAUGUUACGGCGUCGCCUCUGGGACUCGAACCUAGGCCACUUCUGCGGCAGGCGAGCGCGUUCAUCAUCCUUACCAGACAAAUUCAUCUGACAAUGUUUGGACAUUGGUUAACAAUUAGCAGCUUAUAUAAGGGUGUUAGCAACUAUCAUUCUGUUGGUAAUUUUCCUGCUUGAUUUGUUACUUGUAGGACCUGAUUUACACCGAGUUCUUCUCACAGGGUGACAUGGUGAGUAUUUGUUCGCAAGUCAAGCGGAGACCCUGAAUUGGCCGGGCGACAGGCGUUCGAUGCUUUGAUCAGAUCAAAAUGUCGGGAAAUUUUGACCAAAUAAUUAUGUUAAUGAAACGGUGUGAGAAUUUGUUGGUUGGUGCUUUAAAUUUUAUUUCUUGUUUUUUUAUUCUGACCUCUGCCCGGUCGCUUUGCCACUCAUUGUUACUGCUGACAAAUGUAAAUAUCCUAAGGACCUUGAAACUGAGAAAAAGAAAACAAUUUCAGAGUAUAGCUUGGUAUGCACCGUAAUAUUUAUUCUAGGCUGGCCUUCUUUUUCUCAACUUUUAACUUGUCUCUGUCUGAUUUUAUCUCCAUUCUGUUCUUUUGUCCAAACCAGUUCGCAUGGGAUUAUCUACUCCUUGUUUGUUUGCCAAUUCCCCUCUCUUUUUUUCUUCACAGGAAAAAGGCAUGGGGAUCACCCCAAUUGAAAUGAUGGACAGAGAGCGAGCAUGCAUUCCUAAAUUGCAGAUCGAUUUCCUCGAUGCGAUAGCAGUUCCAGUGUACAGGUUAGCUUGUAAUGUAAACAAUACCAGAACUCCUGCUCUACUCUUCAGAUGAAUGUUUCCAUCCAGAAAGUCCAUUUUUUCGUUUUCCUGAAAAAAUGUUUAAACUAAAGUUCAUCCCUGCAGUAUUCUUUUACUCACGAAAGUCGACACUGGCAAUCUGGCUAAGACGGCUUUCAGUCCGUCUUUUCUCGUAGAUCUGUUGCAACAACAACAAAAAAUGCAUCGCUUUAGGCUAAUGAUGGUUACUUUCGGCACCCCACUGAUAAAGCCAGGGGAUCCUGUGCAAAUGGCACCCUUUCGCCCCAUGUAAGGGAAUGGAAGUCUUGGAUUUUGGAUUCCAAUCGUUACUGGGAUUCCCGUUUCCUUGAGCUGUAUUCAAGAUUCCAAAACCCAGGAUUCGAGGUUCUACCAGCCAAAUUUUCGCGGUGUGCGGAUUUCACAAGCAAAAAUUUCCCGGAUGUCGGAUAGCGUUUUCUGGAGGCUCUAACAUAGGGGCGGGGCGAUACCCCAGCAUCACCCUCCAACUCCCAAAAACUGAAAACCUUUAAAAUUAACCUUCUAGGUUAUUGUCUUCUCUGCUACCGGAGACUCAAGUGGUGCUGGACACAGUUCUGUCGAAUAGAAAGAAAUGGCAGAAAGCACAGGAAGAUGGAGACUAUGUUCAUCGUCCUGUCACGGCUACUGCCGGCAAAGAAAGCCAGGCAAUAGAAAAUGGAAAGGUCGCUCAUUAAGAAGUAAUUGUCAUAAGUUUUUUGUGCGGGAUCUGAUUUCUUAUUUGAGGUAUAUGGUAUUGUGGCCUUUUCAAUUGAAGCCCAGUUUUCAAGUGACAUUUUAUGCCGUUUUGAUUUUAGUUGAAGUUGAAGGGCAAUGGAAAGGAAAAACGUCCUUUGGUGUCUGCUGAAAGGUUUGAAACGAUGCGGGAUAAUUGCCAUUUAUUGUGUUUGCGGUAUCCCUAUAACUUAGGGUUAGUUUUGGGUUCACACUUGGUUCCCGAGCGCGCUGCCUCUAAUACGAACACGCCUCCUUUUCAAGUACCCACACCAUAUUCGGGUUCAGUUCCACUGCCCGAAUUGAAAGACGCUUAAGUGGGCAACUUCUUGCUUCUCUUUGCUCGCAUGUUAAAGUGGCGUCUGACAGGGCAACAUGGAUCGUAUACACAGUGACACAUCAGGUAGCCAAUGUGUGAACUCAACACUAUUUUGUACCAGUACCGGGUAAUCACAGGGCCAGCGACACUCUCCUCAUGAGCUUCAGUGAAGGGUUAGUUGACAAAGGUCUGUGAACUGAUGCGUAAGGGCUACAAACACUUGCAAAAUAGUUUGGACACUCUUGCAGAAAAUCUAGGUUUCUUACUUCAGUGUGUCGUGAGUACAAUUGCGUUUCCUCCCUCUUCCCUUCCAUGGUUGUCCCUGCAAGUUUUGGAUUCAAUCUAGCCUGAGUAAUGAGGCCUCCCUUAGGGGUUACGACAGAGGAAAUUUGAGAUUUGAGAGGAGAGGUGGAGGGGCUAGAGGAGGUUCUCUUUUCCUUCGCUCUCUCCCCUCUUCGCCCUCAGUUCUGCCGAAAACGCCCGAUACUCAGAUUGGCUCGAUAAUAUCUGGGAAUCCUUACAAAGUUAAUAACCAUUGGCGUGCGAAGUCUGUUAACUUAUGGAUGUUGUGGUUCAGGUUUAUCCUUUCCUUUGUAUUGGGAUAUGGUAAUGUAUGAUAAACAAAGGCAAAUAAAAUUUAAAUCAAGGACAAAAUUACGCACAAUGUGGACACCACUUUGGGCUUUAAAAAUUAUACAGUGUGUCAAGCAUUUUUGCAACUGGUUGUAGCCUGUACGCGCGAGGCAAACAAAGCGCGAGCAACAUACACAGAACCAGUAUCCUGUUGAUAUAAACGGUUUUGGACAAAAUCUCGAAAGGUUAUGUCUAGGGAGCUUUAGCAACUGGUCGCCGUCUUCGUCACUGAGUGCUAAAGCUCCCAAUUAACACAUUUCUGCAACUACGAACUUAGGUACCUGCCGUCUAUUUUGUAUUUGUUCGCUUACUUUUGUUUCUCCUUUUUGAGUGUUCGUUUCUUUGGUUUGUUUGAUGUGUAUUUAAUAAUAUUCCCAAGACCGUUGCGCUCUUGAUGACCAAGAAGUAACUACCUAAUUGAACGAGGCAAAAACAGGAAAACCAUUUUUAAAAGAAAAAAAGAAAACGAAAAUUACGUUGAAGAAUUCAAAAACAGGGUAAAAGAAAGGAGACAGAAACUGUAAUCCAUAAAGGAAAAUUCAGGUAAAUACUGAUUAGAUGUAUAUUUGGAAGAGUUGUAUAGUAAAAAUUAUUGAUAAUCUUCUCUAUGGAAGUUUUAUUUGAUUGGGUAAUUCAAAUACAUUUUCAUGUAUCUUGAUUUUGAAUCGUUAAUUCCCACAUUUUAAGCAAUGGGAUAAAAAUCCGUUUUACCAUUUCAUUUGUAGAAUUUACCAAGUUAGAAUUAGUUUAAUCAGAGAUCUGAUUUUAUUAUAGAGAUCUGAUUUAUAUUUUUGUUUUCAUUUUUGAAAUAACUUUAAAUUUCUCGUCGAGUCUUUUUCUUUCCUUUGAUAAGGACAGCCUUAUAUUGAGAGUAUUCAGGGAUAACGCCCUACUCUGUAUUUGCUGUAACAUUUAUUGUUAGUGUACAGUUGCAAGCUUACGUUAAGAUUCUGAACCGAGAAACUCGUUGUUAUUUAUUUAAAGGAAAAUAUUGUUAUACUAUAAAGAUAUUGAAGAGUAGCAAAAUAAACUCCCCCGAAAAGAGGUCCUUGGCCGUCGGUCAGUGUCUGUUUAUAUUUUUAAAUGGAAUAAUAAACUGAUUCAAAUGUCAUAUAUUGGAAUUGUGGAAUGUGGACGUUGCGUCUUCAACUGGGAGGAUCUUUGCAUUCACGUUUAAAUGGAUUGCAAGGUUGAAACAGGUUUGGGAAAAUUUUUGAUUGUCCAAUAUUUCGGUUUAAAGGAAAAAAAAGAGAAAAAGUAGAUUUGUUAUUUUAAUCCUGGUUCAACACUGGGUUAAAGUUUAACCCACGAUUGGUGUUUUAUCUUAGCUGUUUUAGGCUCCGGUUGUUCAAACGCUGGAUAUCGCUAUCCACCGGAUAAGUAUUAGGGAAAUUAAUUAAGUUAUCCAAUGGAUAGAGAGAUUUAUCCAUCGGAUAGCGCUAUCCACCUUUUGAACAACUGGGGCCUGAACUACACUAGAACCUCUAUUAAGGGGACACUCCCGGGACCGCGAAAAAUGUCCCUUCAAAAGAGGUGUUCCGUGAAUAGAGGUUGGGCUGGGGUUUGUUAACUUUAAACCAACAAAGACAACAUAAAACAAUUCAUCAUUGGCUUAUCUCUGCGACAUUAUACCUUAAAUUCACACAAGUUCAUUUCAUCGAUAUAAAGUGAGAAUGUUCAGUUUGUGAAGGCUGCCAUCAUUGUGAUUAGUGUUCACUUAAAGAUAUCAACCCUCUUUGUGGUUAGUCACGAUUUGAGUGCUAAGGUGCCCCCCUGAAUGGAGGUCAAACCCUAGUUUCGGUACUCAAAAAACAUAUCUCUUUACCCUGAAUAGAGGUGUCGCCUCAAUAGAGGUAACAGAUACAAAGAUUAUGCGGACGUUUCUCCGGGACCAAAUUUUGUGACCCCUGAAUGGAGGUGUCCCAAAGGAGAGGUUCAACUAUUUCGUAUAUUGAAGGUUAACAUUUGGGUGUCCAGUUGGGUGUCCGCAAUCGAAUUAUAGAUAAAACUCCAGCAAUUGAUGUCCCUAGAUAGAAGAAUUUCCCCAACUUGGGUUUCGUCUUUUAAUUAUUCACAUAAGUAUCUACUGCGAUUUAUCAUUUUAAUAAAUCCAACUUUCUUAAAAGAGGGGGACAUGGGGGUUUACGGUAGUGCCGUAUUGAGCUUUUUUCAAGCGGUAUUUCGGUAAUUUUGAUUUUAAUGUGCGGUAUUGCGGUAUCAUCCAGCCCCGCGGUGUGCGGUUUUUCGUCCUUCUGGCUAACUGUAUUCGGUAAAAGAUCCAUCACGGUAUUGCGGUACUGUUCAUCUGGCCUCUCCUGUCUAAUGUAGGUCAAUAUUUGGAAGACUUUAGACUUAACGGUAAAUGAAUACACAAUUUCUGGCAGUUAUUCUAUGAUAAAAUUGGUAGGGCAUCCAAUCACCUGGCUUUUCAAUCUUUGUACCGAUCAAUUCGAGAUCUUCUCACGUUUUCUCGCUAAGGCUGAGGUUCAUUUCUGUGUAUACAAGCUCAGAUAAAAAAAACACGGGAGAUGGAUACAACAUUAAGUAAGCGUCACCGAUCAUAAAUGAGGUAUCGGUAUUUCGUUCAUUUUCGACACGGUAUUUCGGUAUUUACCAUUUUUUCGUACGGUAUUGCGGUAUUGGGUACUUGGGUACCCCCCCCCCCCCAUGUCCCCCUCUUAAAAGAAUACUGUAAAGAGAUCGCGUGACUCUUUGUUUAUGGUGCCGUACUGUAUUCCGAGAAAUCUGGCUAACCGAUCACACGCACAGCUGCCAAAUAUGGACCCUAUUUCCAUGAAAGAUUGGUUUCGUUUUGGAGUAGUGUAAUUUAUUUUUGCGGUUGAAAAGUCUAGUUUUUGAGGGCUUGCUUACAUUCAAGGUAUGGUUAUAAAAUACUUUAUAUAGAAUCUUAACGCCAAUCAGUACUUCAUCUAAUGCAGUACCUACAUAUAUUGCAAUUUCUUCUUUAGUUUUGAACUUGAACUGCUAGCACAGGCUUUGAACGUGUCGAGACACUUCCGCCCUUAGCGCUUUGCAACUUUCUACACAGGUCUGUAGCCUGAACAAUCAGCUGUGUAGCCAUGUAUUUUGAAUUGUAUAACUAGACUAGCUAGCCAAGCCAUUUCAAGCAACACAGCUAAAUGGGCCAUCGAUCCCUUUAAUUUACUGCCUUCCUACAUUUCCUUCGAUUGUUUGAUUUCGUCCCGGGGCUUUCCGGUCACUCACAUACGAAGUUUAUGGCCCAAUUCUACGGGUACGUCUCUCAGUGCAAUUUUUAUCUGAGGGAUAUGAGCUUUUAAUUUUGCUUUUUAAAACGCAGAAAGUUUGAAGAGCCUCUCAGCUAUAGAACCAGGAGAAUUUCAUUCGGACAUUUUCUGUAGUGCGAAUUUGCAUGAGACAAAACCCGUACUCAUCGUUGACCAAAUGCGAUUACCCGCAGUUAGGUGAAAUGGUCUCAAAGUAGCUAUGUGAUUCUGCCGGCCUUCAGGCAUCGAGGGUUACCAUUUAUUUCUCAACUGUCUGUCUAUAAAGGAAUACUAAUGGAAAACAAUCAUAACGAGCAACUUCAUUGUUUUGAUAUAUCGAUGAAGUUUUAUUACUGUUUGAAAAUUUUGAUGUUAGAAUACCAUUCAGACGAUUUAUCUUCUUUGAAGAGACCCGAUCUAGGACAUUUUCAGCUCAUUUUUUAUACAUAUUUUUUCAUUAUUUUUUGCUGUUCCUCUUGAAUGAACUUCAGCUGAAUUCCAAGAAAAUUAGGCCAGACACGAAAAGCUAAAGGGAGCGCGACUUCCGGUCCUCGUUUGCCGAUGUACCAAUGCUCAACGUUUUAACAUUUGAGUGCACCGUUUUGUCUAAAUCUCCCUAUAGUCCGGUGGCUUGGUGCAAAAAAAAAAGCACCAAACUUUGCAUGGUUGUAGCUUAGGGCAUGUUAGUCAAUAUUAGGAUCGGUGCCCACAGCUACCUCUUUAGGCUUUGCAGUAACUGCUCGGUGAAGUUCUUUAACAACCUAUCAUGAUGGGCCCUCUGUGCCGAAAAUUGCAAUCCCUUGUUUUUGCCAUUUUUGGAUGAAAAUCACAUAAAAGGCAUGUAAAUGGAAAAAGAAACUGUAUUACUACUGACUAUUAUUAUCGAAACCAAUGACUAAAACAAGUCAACUUAAUGAUAUAGCAAUAAUGAUUUACCAUGGUGGGUAUCCUGUGCUAAAAAUAUCAAUUUCCUUCUUUUUUGCCAUUAUUUUGAUGAAAAUCACAUGAAAGACUUGAAAAUGAAAAAGGAAAUUGCAUUGUUAUUGAGACCAAUGACAAAAACAAAUCAACUAAAUGAUAUAUCAGGAAAUUCCAAGGAAAAUGUUUCAGAUGCGUACUCAGUCAAAUGGCCUUUCAAGAUGUCGGCUUGAAGGUUUUUGUCUUUGUACAGUCUGACCUGAAGUGCGUAUCUGUUAGAAUUUUUGCUUCACAUUCUGUGAAUUUUUUGAGAGAUGGUUAAAAUUGAUUUUCAGUCCUUAGUUUAGGGGAUGGUGACUUGAUUCGCAGCAAAUCUUUAACAAGCUUCCAAUGGGUAGUGAAAAGUUCCUUGUUUUUGCCAUUUUUGAUGGGGCGCAGACUGCAUAAAAAGAUAAGUCCUUGUCCCCUAAGUUUUCGUGAGUUUUCGAGGUUGUUCUAACAGCUGCUGAGAUGCGGACCACAAGUUCCUGCAGUGUCUUUGAUAACUAAGUCUGUCCGCUAGAUAGCUAGGUGGAAGGUUAUUAAAGUGAUUUGAUAACUGACAAAAGAAGUUUAAAAACCACACAAAAACUAACAGGAAGCCAGUGAAGGUCAAAUAAAAUAGGCGUAAUUCAUUUUCAUUUCAUUAAAAUUUGUUUCUCCAAACCUUAGCAGAUGAUAAUACAGAACUAGAUAUAUAGGGUGAAAAAGUAAGUAACAAAUAAAGGAAACGAACAAUACAAAAUUACAGCACUUAAAUUAAAUAACAUUGCAUAUCGGAAGGAGAAGAGAGGGUCACGUCUAGAUAAACUGUGAUUGUGCCCCUUGGAGUUACGUAUAGCAAAAAACAUGCAGUUUUUAAUUUAAAAAAAAGUACAGGCAAAAUUAUAAAACUUAGUUCUUGUGUUUUUUUGUUAAAAAUUAAGUCAAAAAACAGAAAAAAAAAUAGAAAAAUGAAAUGAAGACUAGCAGAAAAGAAAACGCGGCUAUCCUGCUCGCUGGCCGCUGACCAUGUGUUCUAGUUUACGAGUCUGAGUAACGAUUCUGAGGGCAGUGUUCUGAACAUAUUAUUAAAAGUUUCUUCAACUCCACUUUUCUAAAACCGCAGAGCAAGGAAUUACAAUAAUCUAUUUUAGAUGUAAUAAAAAAUGCACAGAAAUUUCGCUAGACACCUGUGUGAGAUACUUUCUUAUCUUUGAUAAGUUCCUAAACUGAGUUGUCAUCAAAUACUACUCCCAGACUCCUUGCUUUUCUGGCGGUGGUUGUCAGCCUUGCAUUACCCAUAUUGAAGUCGCUGAAGAGUGGACGAGUACGUUACAUCGAGAAGAUAAGCACGAUUUCAGUCUAAUCUUGAUUAGUGAGUUUCAGCUCGUUUCUGCAAACCAAGAUGAUAUUAGCUGGGAUUUGCCAAGGGUAAGAAUCGACAAGAGAGGAUCUGAGAAACCCACUGGUUUAACGGAAUUAUCAUUUAUAGAAUGCUCCUUGAAAAUGCACUAGUCCUGUCUUUCUGAGUCUGGUCUGCUUCAACAUGCUUGCUUCUCCUUUCUUCCCCUUUCUCGCUGCUUUAGAUAACAAAUUCAUCACCAAGAAGAGGUUAAAACUUCACUCAAACCUCUUGAUUAAAACUUUCCACAAUUUCGCAUGAAAAACGGCGAUUCUGGUAGAUACUUACAGUCAAUGUAAAGAUCUCUUCAAGCCGCCAUCUUGAAAGGCCAUUUGGGACAGAGUACGCGUCUGAACACAUCUUCCUUGGAUUUUCCUGCUAGAUCAUUUAGUUGACUUGUUUGUAUCAUUGAUUUCAAUAAUGAUAUUUUUUUUUUUUCAUUUACAUGUCUUUCAUGUGAUUUUCAUCAAAAUAAUGGCAAAAAACAAGGAAUUGAUAUUUUUUUAACACAGGGCACCCACCAUGGUAUAUCAUUAUUUAGUUAUAUUAUUAAGUUGACUUGUUUUAGUCAUUGAUUUAAUAACGACAAUAAUCAUCCAAGUUUAUAAUUGCAUUCACAGAAAUAUCAUCACAUUAAAGUUGCCCAUUGUAAUUGCUUUUCAUUAUUGUUCCUUUAUAGACAGCGGCGUGUGCAGAGAAAAUGAAUGGCAACUCAAUGUGUCUGAAGUAAUAUAUCAAACAUGAGAUGCAGUGUUUCAUCACCAGAUGAAACACCGAGAAGAGAGUUGAAAAUACGACGCGCAGCGGAGUAUUUUUGACGAACUUCGAGGUGUUUCAUCUGGUGAUGAAACACUGCAUCUCAUGUUUGAUAUUUCUUCUCAAACAAAAUCAUUUUUGAAGGACAAAUUAAGGAUGCAAAUACUAAGCAGUGUUUCAUCCGAUUUCCAAACACUCAUUAAACAUUAAUUUCCUUUGUAUUUUCUUAAUGAAUUAUUAAUGAGUUUGAGAAGGUAGGAUCACAUACAUUCUAGCCACUUGUGAAGUGUCUCAUUAGUAGUGAGUGGAUGAAAUGGUAGGAGAUAAUUGUCCAGGGGACAAAAACGCGCCUUCACAACACAAGGGUUCUUGAACACAAGUUUAAUAAUCGAGAGUUGCACACUCAGCAUAUUUUCUUAACAACACAACAGGAUCGGAAUUGGAGUCUCAUCUUUGGCUAACAAGCUUCACCUCGCAAGUAAAAACCUACAAAACAAACACUUAAUCACUGCUGGAACGGGGAUUUGGAAAUACACGAGCUCCUAAGACUCACCAUACGAUGAGAAACUCCCGGCGACUAGCGCGUUACAAAGCACAUGGUUUCUUUCUCGCUACACGACGACACUGAGACGCGCUCACUAAGCAUGCUGGGAGAAUAAAUUACAAAAAUGGAAUGGAACGGACUAGGAAAACAAAAAAAAUGUUCUCUUGUUGAGGAUUGGCCUCAACAAUAAUGCUACAGUGGAAAUGACAAGUAAAUGCUGGUAAUUAGAGAAAAAAAUUAUUGUUAGGUGAAUUACAGCAAGAGAGUGUUUGCACUUGUUGUAGUACGUUAUCACACUUGACAGCUAAUUUUGUGUAACAGCAAAGGUGUAAACAUAAUCACUUACACUAAAACAUGGUGUCAGACUAUGUUAUUAAGGAUGCAGUUGAGGAGAACUAUGAAAGUGAUCAUGACUCAUGAUUAUUGAAUAUGGGGUACUCUCAUUAGCACUGAAUUAUCACUGUAAAAAUACCAAAUCGUUUAUGAAUCAAGAUGUUUAUAGUUUAUAUUUGUGUACAUGCAUGAGAAACAAAUACUCAUGCAAGAGUGAAUUUGUAUGAAAUGUCCACAUACAAGUAACGUUAAAGGUGAUCAGUAUUUCAAUUCUCAACAUGCAUGAACUUGUUGAGACAUGGUUGCCAGAGGCAUAGUUUCUUAAAUUGCUAGACUGACGGUCAAAUGUACACUUUCCCGGACCAAAUGAAUUCACAAUUUGUCCAGAUAUUAAUGGAUUCCAAGUUCCAGUCAAAAGUUCGUGUUCUGGACACAGAUGAUGUAAAACCAUAGUUAAUUGAGUGGAAUGGUUAUGAAACCCGUCAGACUCCUUUGUUAUAUGUUUUUGUGGACCUGAAAGUGCACAACGUUCAAAAGAAUUCCUGUCAUUUUGAUUGUAUUGACCAAUAAAAACGUUGCAUUGAUUUAUUCCGUAACAAUUUGCCAACAGAAAACAAAGGAUUGUGCACUUUCACGGUACUUCCAACAUAAACGGCAGCAGUGUUGUUUUUAUCAUUGAUGUUUGCCGCUUUUCAUAACCAGUCUCCUCUAAUAACUAUGGUAAAACGAAAGACUUCUUUGUUUUCUGUUCAGGGAAAAUCUGCUUGGUAUGUUUUCAUGGUUUUUGGAUCUUAAGCUUUAUGUCAGCUGUGUCUGGUACACAAAAUAAAUGCUCAAACUCCCAUCACAGCCAUCCUGUCUUGAAUUUAUCGUGAAUGUAAAGUGCCGAAUGGAUGGAUCUGCUUGUCGUUUGAUUUCUUGAUACAAUAUUCUGCCAAUGGAACAUGUUUAACUUCGGUGAAUAUGCAGGAAUAUGUCACCUCCCUCUGGCUUCUUUGAAAGAGUUACAUUUUCCCUGACUUAUACUAAAAUUCCAUAACUUGACUUACGGGGAAUGAUUAAUUUUCCUGGCAUGGCAACACAUGUCACACAGUAAUAUUGUGAGGAGUUCUGAAAUCCAGAUGUUCUUUUGGAAUAUAAAAAUAGGAUCGAAAAUAGGAGGCCAGAAAUAAUAAUUUUUUUUAUGCUUGACUUAAGAAGGGGUGACGAAUGGUCUUUGCGAGCAUUCGCGAGCAUGCGAGCACUGUGAUUUUUUUGCGAGCACGAGCAGAGAUAAAAAAUUUGCUUUGCGAGCAGCGAGCAGCUUAGAGAGUACAACUCGCAAGCAGCGAGCACUUCUUAGUUUUUCCGCUUGCAGCAGUCCAUAUGGAAAUCCUUUUCUUUAAAGUAAAACAGACAAUAUUUUAAAACGGGGUUUUUAAAACGGUGGCAUAACGGCUGUAGAAGGCCCUCGCGGUGUUCCAUCCUCCAAGACUAUUUCGGGAACAAGAAUGACCCUGGAGGCUUUAAAACGAAUUCAACGUGAAAUAAAAGCUGUACAUUGAGAUUACGUGAGGAAGGUAAAUGUGAAAGCCUUGAUGACACUUCUCAUAUCGAGCAUUUUAACUCAAACAAGAACAACCUCUUCUGGAAGAAUCCUAGAGCUUCCAAACCGUUUUUUAUUGAAAACACGGCCUAAUUAAGGCCAAGUGAGUAGAGGGGUAGAGAAACUCAGAACAAUUAAAGGUAAUAAUAUCUUCUCUUUUUUUAACCAUAUAUAGCUAGUUGUUGUUAGCUAAUUUAUUAUUUAUCGUUGUCAUUUAUCGCGUGCAUUUUCACUGAACUUGAUAGCCAUAUUCUCGGCUUGCGCUGUCACACAAUGAAAAAUAAAAAUGCAAACCAUUCAAUACAGAAGGACUAGAAUCUGGGAAAUGAAAAAAGAUAAAUAUACAGAAACCCUUGCCAAGAAUCAGGUCUGUGAAUUAUUUCAAAUGCGAGAUAUUAAGAAAAACGGUUUACCUAAAUUUAUAAAGCUUUGUAUGGAAACGCCAUGUUGGUGUCCCUUUCAGGAACACCAUUAUGGCCGCCGGAUACCCACAGAAACAUCUGUUUUCGAGUUUUCCUACUACUGCGUGAAUUCUUCGCUUGAGGAACUCAUAAAGAUUACAGUAAUAUUUAUUCUGAGACAAGGAAUGUUUAGAUCGCAAUAAAAUCUCCCAAAAUCGGUAAUGUUUUUAACCCACAUAAGAGCUUUCCCGGCCGCCAGCUAAAUGCCGAGUCACGCAAAAGCCUGGAAAUUCAAGCGUCCUCUCUCGCAAAACGAAGAACCCUUUCGAGCCAAAAAUUUGUUUAUGUAAAGGUGUUUAGGUACUGUAAUACCUCAUGAAAGUAGAAACUCAGAAGAAUCGAUAGUUUCUUAGUUUGAUUUUUGGUGACGUCAUGUGCAACCCAAGAAUAUUUAUAGGAAUUAAGCACCAUACAGAAUUACAUUUACUUUAACCCAAAGAAGGAUUUACAAAAUUUCGAGCAAUACUGACAAGAAAGCGAGCAUGCGAGCAACUGCAAAAAUUUGGAGAGCACGGGCAAGCGAGCACUCGUUUAAAUUUUGCGAACAAAUCGAGCACAGGUAAAAUUUUGCUAGCAGUUAAAAAUUUUAAUGGACCAUUCAUCACCCCUUUAAAAGACACAGCUGUGUUUAUGUAUAAGGCUGCUAUACAUUGAUAAUAUAUUUUACUUGGGAUAGUUUUGUGGAAGUAAAUGUAAUGAAAACUGUAAACGAAAAUUUUGUUCAGCAAGGAUUUUGUUUACAAAUGUAACGCUUCCUUAAACAUGUCAUUGCUGUGCUUGCAGUUCUGUGUCAUUUGAAUGGGAAAUUGUUCGUGAUUCACCGAUGGUAAACAUUGUUUCACAGACGAUGAAUAAAACAGCCUUUAUGGAUAAUACAUAAAAAUGCGCUCUGGUCAUCGGCGGCAAAGUCUAUGUUGCCUGGAACCGAAAAAUGCUCCAUCACUAAACGUUAGAUAACGUCAUUAGCGGACACCAAGCAUAUAUUCAUAUAGGUUUAUGGGGCAUCGAAUUUUGAAGCUUGGUAAGACCACGCGUGGUGAGUAGACUGCGCGCGAGCUUCGCGCGCGACGAGAUUAUAAAGUCGCGACGCUUGGAAUAAACAGAUAAUUCUUUGAGCUUAAUUUCUGUGGUCUGCGCCGAAGUAUCUUGUUUUUUGGGGUUUUUUUGUUUUGUUUUUUUAUUAUUUAAGUGACAACUUCGAGAAGUUACGCGGUCGUCUGCCAAUGGGUAAAAAAACAGCCAUGUUCAAUUUCGAUUUGCCGAUUUUUGAGUUGAGGUACAACGAGGUACAUUGGCUUUCCUUGAAAUUAUAUCCCUUGCUCUCUACAAAAAUUAUAAUGGUUUCACAGAACCUCGACUAUUGUAGCAGGAAAGUAACACAUUUCUUGAAGUACCCGACCGUGACAGUGAAGAUAAUAAAGUCAUCAUUAAAAUUCAGCCCUCUUUGUCGUGAAAAUUAGGCAUUUAAUUAUACAUUAAUAGUGUUGAAAAAUCGCUCAGUAUAUCAAUUUAGUGCCAAUCAAAAGGAAUGAAACAAAACAAACUCACUUCAAGCCGUCAAACAAGCUCUUUUGAAAGGCGGAAAAAUUAUCUCUGACGCUCACAAUACAUCCAAAAUAGCCACGUUACACGUGAAAAACCACGAACAAUUGCCGCACGGAAUCAUGGAAAAACUGCCCAAUCCUCCCUCCAGGACUAGAUUUUCCGAGAAAGACACAUCAGGCGCUCCCCUGCCAAAUAUGGUGUUGGUCAUUACAAUCUGUGUUAGACUCAAUUCCUUGAAAGAUUGGUUUCGUCUUCAAUCUGAUUUGGAGUAGUGUAAUCUACGUUUACUGUGGAAAAGCCUAGUUUGUAGGCUUAAAUUCAAGUCAUGGUAAUACUUUAUGUAGAAUCUUAAUAUCAGUCAGUGCUAGACGAAAAGCGCAUAGUGCAGGUUCUUCUUUCGUUUUUAAGAAGAUUUGAGCUCUGAACGAAUCGAAUCACUUCCGCCCUGUCAGAGUUCUUUGCAACGUGCGUUCUACACAUGAGGUCUCGAGCCUUACCAAUGAGUUGUGGUGUAGUCAUACAUUUCGUACCGUAUAGCUAACGGAUCUGUCUAAAGCAAAACAGCUAAAUGCUCUAUCAGUGAUUUCUUUCCUGUCUUUUUACAAUUCUUAGCCUUCGAUUGUUUGGUAUUGUCCCGGUGUUGUCGUUUACCGGCUCUUUUUGGGUACUCUCAUACGGCGUAUAUAGCUUCUACAGGCAUGUCUUUCAGUGCAAUUCUUAGCUGGGGCAUAUGAGUUUUUUAUUUGGCACUAUAAAAGGUAGAAAGUCCAAAGAGUUCUUCAGCUGUGGUUCCAGUAUUCUGUAGUGCGAAUUUGCAUGAAACAAAACCGACAAUCAUCGUCGAACACCGGUGAUUAUAUUACCUGCUCAGUGUCAAUUGCCUUGAUCUCAAAGUGGCUAGAAUGUAUGUGAUCCUACGUUCGGCCACAUUGAGUUGCCAGUAAUUUUCUCUGCACACGCCACUGUCCAUAAAGGAACAAUAAUGAAAAGCAAUUACAGUGGGCAACUUUAAUGUGGUGAUAUUUCUGUGAAUGCAAUUAUAAGCCUGGAUGAUUAUUGUCGUUAUUAUUGCUUUUUAAAAUGUUAGUUGUCAGAGUACGAUUACUUGUUUUUAAGAGAAUCUGUCUGGUACAUUUUUAGCUUUACUUCUUAAGACUUUUAUUAUUAUUAUUCUUUACUGUCUCUCGAACUUGACUGAAGUUCAACUAAAUUCCAAGAAAAUUGGGCAAGACGUGAGGACAGGAAAACACACGGAAAGGACUGAACGCGACUUGUGUUCUAUUUGCUGAUCUGAUCUGCCAUAGGCCAAUUCUUUCGUUCUUACAUCUUCGCGCCCCUAAAUCACUGUUUUCACGUUGUGGUACGUUGUCUAAAUCUCCCUAAUGGUAAUUUGAAGAAGCUAAUUGUGUUGAAUUUUCUAGGAACACCAUAUGCAUUACACCAGUGUUAUUUUUUUCAUUGUUUUCAUUGUUUUUUUUUUUUCUUCAAACCACCCAUCACAGUUCCGUUUUAGUUGGUUAUUAUAUUUUACGUGCUGUGCUCAUCCCACCUAUCCACCCCUGGCUUCGCUAUUAUACAUCUUCCAAAGUAGAAUCCUGCUUGUAGGCUGAAUUUGAUUCGAUAUUUUCUUCUUUUAAUGCUUUAACCCUCGCAAAGUUUAUUUGUCAUGGAUGCCGUUUCCUUUUUAUCACAGAGGUAGAAGAUCUCCCUGUUUUUGACCCGUACAAUUCAGCAGGGUGUGUCUCUAAAUAAUUUCCCCUUUUUGUGCCACUCACCAUAAUAGCGUGACAAACCUCAUCUCUAACUUCGACUUACUCACCGAAGCCUUUUACAGUCCAGGUUGAACUUGUUGUGUUGGAGUGUUUUCAGGUGACGUCACGGUGGCCAUAUUGGUGUCCCAAGCAAAUGCUGUGGGAGUUGAACUCUUAUCUUUAGUAAACACUUUCUUUUGUUCCAAUUAGUCUUCAAAGAUGUCACGGGAGUGAAAACGCUCUAUAGACCUACAGGGUUGUAUGCUCGUCUUGUGAUAAUUCUUUAGAGAAAGGUUUCAUUCAAGUUUCGUCUUUUUCCGUGCAUUUAUGCGCUUCAUUUAUUAAAAAGGGGCAAAUGCCCCCAAGGAUUCAUUGCGAAAACAAUGCUAACAAGCAAAAGAGUUCUAUUGGCAUUUAAGCUCCAUCUUAAUCGUAACUGAAUCAUCAUAAUUACAUCCGAAUUGCAAUAUCAGUCAAGUUAACGACGUGAAAAAACUGAGUAUGUAACUUUUCUCUAGGUAUAACUCCAAGUCCAUUUUUCGCACCAAGAUGAUGGUCUCUGAUGAGGAGAGAAGAUGGAUUGUUGUAGGAAUUGCCAUGAACAAAGUCCUUUCUCCAGUACUUCUGGAACCUGUCAAGAAGGGAAUGGAGGCUACCGUAGCGAAACUGGAUACUCAUUGUGGAAGUCUGACCCCACCUUGUACUCUUAAGACAUUGAGUUAUAGUCAAGUAAAAAAUGAUUCCAUGCUCAAGAAGCUGUCGUUCCAAAAUAUAAAUAACAAUCAUGUGCAUCUGGACAAGAAAGCGUUCAAUUACAACGUCAACAGCGCAGUAGACUUGGCCAAGAUUUUUCUGCCUCGUUAUCUUGCCCAUUUUUGGGAUUUUGAUUAUUCACUGGAUAUGAGUGCUUCCCUUCGCUUAUUAGGAUGUACACAAGUUGUACCGGCACCCUUCACAAUUGCUAUCAAGAAUUCAGCUGAUGACGUCAGGGACAACGUAAGAAAUAAGUGGGGUCAUUUUAACCGAACCGAUUGGACUGAAGCCUUCUUUAUUGAUUGUUUUUCCAAGAUGGAGACGUUGGUGAGGCUUCUGGGCCUUGCUGCAGCAGAUGAAAAGAAUACAUUGGAUGAUCUCACUGACUGGAAAACAAAAGGUAUUCUUCAGAUAUUCAAUUGGGGUGAGGUCGAUUGGCUUUGGGGAAAAUACAAAGCCAGGUUUAAGUUACAAACGCUUUAUUGAUCUCUGAAGAGACAGUUUUCACCAGUGAAAAUGGUGGAAGCUGAAUUGAAACUUUAUGAAUUCGCGGCAGAAUUUUUUUGUUUUAGUGUACAUGGCAGUGUGCUUAGUUUAGUUCAUUGUCCUGGUGGAAGAAACAUAUUCCUUUGGUAUUAAAGGGAACGCUCUACAAUGGCUUAAUAGCUACCCGUUUGGCAGAUCUCAAUUUGUUGUAUGUAGAGACUCCGCUUCUGAACUUCGACAUCUCCCGUUUGGAGUCCCGCAAGGGUCGGUCCUGGGUCCAACUUAAUAUCUAGGGUUCCAGCGACAAAUCCCCACCAAGAAAUUCUUACAGUACCCCCCACCGGGGGGUUCGUAUAUCUUACGGUGAUUCGAUUCUAUCGCUGGUUUUCAGUGUCACGCCAUUCAAAAUAGAUCAAAAUAAAAUCAAAACCGUUCAAUAGAUUAAGUCCGGAAUCUGGGAAAUGAAAGGAGGUAAAUAUACAAAGACCCUCGCCAAGAUUCAGGCCACAAGAAUAUUCUGUGUACGAGAUAUCCGAAGAAAUGAUUUACCCUAAUUUAUAGAGAUUUGUAUGGAGACGCCAUGCUGGUGCCCACCUGGGUGAGCUCCAAGAUGGCGGACGGAAACCAACAGAAACAUCUGUAAUCGAAUUUUGCUACAAAAGCGUGAAUUUAUACUCAUAAACAUUAAAGUAAUACUUUUUCUAAUGCAUUAACUGUUUAUAUAGCAAAAUUUCACGGAAUAUGUCACUUUUUUAACCUACAUGACAGCCCUCUCGGCCGUCAUGUAAAUGCCACCUCACGCAAUAGCUUAGAAAUUCAAGCAUACUCUAUCACAAAACCAAGAACCCUUUUGAAGCGAAAAUUUGUAUGAAAAUUAUAGUUUUCAGCUGCUCUAAUACAUCAUGAAAGUAAAAUCUCAGUGGGAUCAAUAGUUUCGUAUUUUGAAUUUUAGUGACGUCAUGUGAAAACCAACAAUAGCAGAAGAGAUCCUUUAAGUACCACGGUGUGAUAGUCAGACAAAUCGUUAUCUUGCAACAGUCACGUAUCUUAUGUCGCCUCCAGAGUCUACCCUAAACUUAACCUGAUGAAUAGGAUUUCGUCCUCUCUGGAUCCAACUGCCCUUUUGACGAUUUAUAAAGCGACAAUUUUACCUAUUUUAGAUUACGGUUUGUAUGAUAUGGGGAUCCUGUUCCAAGGAGAACUCUGAUUUUUUUGGACCGAAUACAAAACAAAGCUAUGAGAACUAUCUUAAGGGUAAACUACCUGACUUGUUCACAAACGAUGAGAGACAAACUAACGCUAUCUAGUAGGCGAAGAUUUAUGCGUCUGUAGCUAGUGUUGAAAAAAUCUGCGUUGUUCUACGCAACUUCAUAAGUAUAUGAACUUGAGAUCCGAAUGCCGUGGUAGGACCUUAAGAGACAGACGAGAAAUUCAUCUGCCUAAAAAAUCCACUAUUGGCCAGUCUACGUUUUAAAUCACAGGAGAAAAGGCUUGGAACGAGUUACCCAAUGAAUUACGGGCUGAUCGCCUGACUUUAGGAUCUUUUAAAGGAAAGACGUACUUUAAGUGUUUGCAAGAAUAAGACAAAACACAGCAUGAAUGUAGAUUAUAGAUUAAUUCAUUUUAUUUUUUUAACACCCUUUUUAUUGUAAAUAUUAGUCCUUCCGCUUUUUUAGUACUAUUAUUGUUUUUUUCAAUCUUGAAACAUUUUAUUACUGCACAUAUGCUUAUAUACCAGCUGUUUUUUUAAACCCAGCUGAUUUAUUUUUUGGAGUAUAAAAUAAAGUGCUUAUUAUUAUUAUUAUUAUUAUUAUUAUUAUUUUUAUUAUUAUUAUUAUCGUACGCUCUGUGAUACUGUGCUUGAGAGGCUCAAGAUCAAGAAGACGACAGCUAGACUUUGUUGACUCAGAUUUACAGAUCGAAAACAUUAAUCUUUUUUUUUUAGGAUUUUUUUUUAAAAGAAUUAGAAAUUUAGGAAUACGAGAUUUGAUUCUUUUUAACUUGUUUUCUUUCUAAUAUCAGAGACGAAUAAUUACCUUUUGCCAUGGCUUUAAUAAUUUAAAACACUGGACUGCCUGCAAGAGUUAUCGAUCGCUUCUGAGCCGCAACGAAUGUAUUUGGGAAAUCGUUAUUGACGCAGUGAUUGUAUUUUUAUGAGUUUUGUUAUAUUUAGCCUAUUCAACCUACAAUUCACCACUUAAGAAACUCUAAGGAAACGGGAUCGAGUUCACUGGCUUAAGGCUUGUAGGACUGUUACUGGGGACAGGAACAGAAGUGGCCAAUAGCUGACCGGUGGGUCCUGAGUAACAAAACCAAAGUCUUUGUAAAAAAUCAGGGGCACCCAACGACAAUUUUCGGAAAAUUAUCUGUUCGGAAGACGAUUUGAGAUCUAGAAUUUCCGGAUCAUUUUUUGUAAGAUUUGUUGCUUGCCUGCCUCUCCUAGGAUUUUCGAACAUCUAAAAAAUGGUAUAAUUGCCCAUUUUCAACGGAUUUUUACCCUAAUGAGGUCACCUAGAAUUUUCGGAAGCCUUAUUUCUGGCUGAAAUUUUCGAAAAGGUAAGGUUUGAUCCCUCUAAUUUUCGGAUCACUAGACUCUCAGCUAGGAAAUCCGAACAGAUGAAAAAUUUUUAGGGGAUAAAAAUAUGCCUUUAUGUACCGUUUAAAUACUACAAUACGUUCAAAAAUGCCACGUUUACGUGGUUUUGAACUACAUUCUCGUUGGGUGCCCCUAAAUAACUCGGCCAGUUUCCUUAUCGUUUCUAAAGUGGCGAAUUGUAGACAGUUGCAGUAUUGUUUUCAAAUUUAAACCAUGCAGGUUGCAGAUUGUGUAUGGGACAUGCCGUGGACAAAGACCUUAUUACUUUGGUUCAACAAGAAUUGCAAAGACUCAUUGAGGACCAGGCCAACAUAAAGUCAAAAUUGAGUGCGUUUGAGGGCGAAGAACAGAGGUUGCAGAGAAAAGAGACCGAAAAAAUACUGGAAAAACUUACAUGCUUGGAUGGAACGUUGAUUCGACUUGAUGCAGUUGAGGAGGGCCUUGCCAGGACAGACAAGAGAGUGGAGAAGUUGGAAGGGAUUCAUAGUCUGGAUCCAGGUUAGCUGAUAGGCGAAUCCAUGGUCACAGUUCUUGUUUGACUUUUCGCAUGCUUAUGAUUAUAUAGGCGAAUCUUCGUUUACAUUUUUUGCCUUGUUUACAUAUGCUCAUCAUUAUCUGAUGAAGACUAUAAAAUAAAAACCUCUCACUUUGAAAGAACAUAACAGUUUCAAUUAUGCCUGAAACUUUGAGCUCGAUAAACCAAAUGGUUUCGGAGAAAUUCUCUUUUAAAACCUCAAAAUGUUUACGCAGAAUGUAUGGCUCAUUAACUUUUUUGCCACCCAUCAAUUUCGCAGUUUGCUUCGAUAUGGCUUGCAAAGGGCUGAAAAUUGCGCAAAUUGCUCAAGUUAAUCAGCUUUUUCAACUUUUGAAUUUACUUCAUAUAUAAAGGCUACGGCUUCUAUGAGUUUAGUCAUAUGCUAAUUAGAAAAACUGUAAAUAAUGACGUCAGCAAAGAUUCGCCUAUUUGAUGAUGAAGUUACGUAAAGGCAAUAUAACUCUGAAUAAUUAUAUAUAUGUUUUUUUUUUUUAAAUUAAAGUCCAUAUUCAAAUAGGUCUUUAUCUCCAAACAUUUUAUAUAUCUAAAGCAAAAUGGCCACGUCCGGAAACUUCAGUGCGGUAUACAAAAAACUCUCCAUGAUACAUAGAGUAUGUUUUAAAAACUCUACAUUUCGUAGAAAUAAUGUCAUUAUGGUGGCCACUUAGAGUUCUUGCUAAGCAGCAAGUUUUUUUUUGCUCUAUUUCGUCACAUAGCUUAAAAUUGCAUAGAUGACUUAGAUCGAUCAGUUCUUUCAACAAAUGGAUUUAGAAUGCAAAAAUGCACUCAUAUUAAUUUUAAGAUUCUAGUUGGAAGCGUGCGCAUUUGUUCAAAAGUUUUUGCAAAUGCAACGUAUUAAUUUAUGAAAGCCGUACUCAUAGUUUUGAGCCAAAGAGUUGAUGUGUGAUUUUCAUAACGAUAGGAAAUGCAGCUUGCAGGAAGAGAUAAAGCCUGCUAGCCCUGACUGUUUUAAGGGGAAUUUGGAUUCUGCCAAUACAAUAAACAAUAUGACGUCACGAUGACAUCGAAUAACGCCAUUAUGUCAAUCAAGUUAAACCGAGAUGUUGGAAAAGAUGAAUACGCCAUGCGCGGUUUUGAAAAUGUAGAAGGGUAGGGGGCCACAAAGACCCCCACCCCAUUCACGGGAACCAAAAAGGCCCGAUUAAGGGGUUAUAGGCAUAAUUUGAACGCCUCACAUCCUGAUGGAUUCUUUUCUUCUUUUGAGUGCGUGGGAACAAUUCCUUUUCUCUUUUCCAGUCUUUUCCACACACGCUCAUUUUUUAGCUUCUUUCUGAUUUUGUUUAAGCUGGUUAUUGCAAUACUAUUAUUAAUAGCUCAUCAUUUUUUACUAUUUUGUUUGAAAUAAGAACGAUCUCCUGAGCAAGCUUUUGAUCAGAAACUUUGCCGAAGUAACCUCGCCAAGUAUUACAAGGAGACGGCCACGGUGCCAAUCUCUGGGUGGUCCACGAAAGCUACUGUUGACAUUCACCAGAUGUACACUCGACUCUCGUGGGUAAAAAGGGAAGAAACUUCAUCUGGUACAUCGCUGACUGAACUGAAGCAUUACAGUGACUUGUUCAAAGCAGACAUGAACGGUGUGACACCAAAAAGAAUACUUGUGCAAGGGCAUAUGGGAAUCGGUAAAAGCACCUUCGUUAAGAAGCUGGCUGUAGACUGGGCAGAACUUGAGAAGAUUGAUGAGGAAAACUCAGCUGCCCUGAAGAAAUUUGAGGUAGUCCUUGCUAUUGACCUCAGGGAAGUUGGAGAAUGCCUCGAUCUUCGAGAUGUCAUACGUAGGUCUAAUAUUUUUGCAGAGGAAAACAUGUUCUUGGCAGAAGGCCUUCUGAGUUACAUAACUAAGAAUCAGGAGAAAGUUUUGUUGGUAUUUGAUGGCUAUGAAGAGUAUCUUUGUGGACGCGACUCGCGCGAUUCCGAUGUCUACAAGAUUUUUAUCGGGAAAAAACUGAGAGAUUGCUGUGUGUUGAUAACGGCUCAAAGUCACAAAGCUGACGAGCUUUUGGAAUCAAAGGCAAAAGUCAUGCUUGUUGAGAUCAAAGGAUUUUCCAUAGAAAACAUAAAAACCGCUGUUAGGAAAUUAUUUGGGAACAACAAAGACGGACGUGAUCUUUUGAAACAUUUGUUGGAGCAUGACCUGCUUGACCUGGCGAAAGUUCCGUUACUUCUACUCUUUUUCAGUACAUCGUGGAAAGAGGGAAAAUUGAAAAGCUUCAUUGAAUAUAAAACUGAACUAUUUCUUGCGAUCGUACAGUUUCUUUUAGAUUACAUCCAAAGAAAACACUCUCACUAUUUCCACGAAGUGCAGCACUUUGAAGAGGAUCUUGCUAAAAUCGGAGAUGUGGCCUUUCAAUGUCUUCUUAGUGAUGAUCAUGUGGUCGGGUGUACUCCGCAGACAUUUUUGGAUGGUAUUCGUUAUCAAAACAACUACAUUAUUGGCUUAAUUCAAGUGGCAGAGUAUACAUGUAGCGUACGCCCAGCCACAAUGGUUUCCUUCAUUGACAGAAGCAUUCAGCAAUUUUUGGCUGCUCGGUACAUCAAUUACGAAUGCUGUAUUCCUGAAGGUAAUCUUGGUCCACUUAAAGUUGUUCAUACCUUAGAGAAAUGCGAGGCCUUCCAGAAUGUGUUCCAGUUCAUUUGUGGUUUAACUGACGAAGGAGCAGAGGCGGUGUUUAAGCAUUUGACUUUCGUUAGACGAUCCGACUAUUCACUGCAAGUCAACACAGAACAAGACGAAGAGAGGGACACAGAUGUUCCCUUUUGUGACGUCACUGAGCGACAUCGGAGGUUCAACGACUUGGUCUUCCAUUGCUUUCAAGAAGUUAAAUCCAAGGAUAAAAUUGCACCGCAUACUUGUAAUUCUGUUGGUGGCACAUUCCUGGUUACAAAAACACAAUUUCGCUUUCCCACAAUGAUAAACAAUUUGAAUUGCUGCUUUCUGUUUCGAGAGCCCCAGAUGAUGGGAAAAGGCUCCAUCUCGCAAGUCAAGUCGCUUCAAGAGUGGCUUAAAUUUCUUGACAAAAAAGGUUUUGAGUUGAGAAGGCUUGACACAUUUGUGAGUAAAUUUUUAACUGUCGGUGCUGAAUGUCAUCAACAGCUGCGAGGAAGCUGUGGAUUCAACGUUUGUCUUUGUUUCCUUAACGGCAAAGUCUUUAUUUACAUCAUAGAUUUGCACCUGACCUGUUCUAUCCAUGCCAGUUUGUUUUUUGCAGAAGCUCAGAGAUAUGAUCAUGAUCCGGUGCUGAUUUUGAAAUUCGUAAGAACUAUAACUUUUAUUCCAAACAACAGUGCAUUACUUGCAAGGGCAUUGUUUGAAAACUGUAAACGUUUACGGCAGAUCGAACUUUGUGCAACUGGCGUCCAAUCAUGUGACAUCUUGAAACAACUACCAAAGCCUCGUAAGUGCGAAUUAAAAAUAGGUACCUUCAACAAAAUCUCCUUAUCGGCGGUGUACAGCCUGUCUUCUGCUCUGACGUGUUACUUGGAAUCCGCUGGAGCGUUACAAUUCGCUGAUUUGCUUGCAGAAUUUGAAAACACCACAUCUCUUGCUCUUGAUUUGUCAGACUGUUCCGAGACGAGUGUGAUCACCCUUGUCUCUAAAAUUCCAUCCAAGAGGAUUGCAAGUUUAAGGCUGAAAGGUAUUGGUAUGACACGAGAUGUCGCUGCGGCGCUAGGAAAGCUACUGCCUAAACUUUCAUCCCUGCGAGUUCUGCAACUAACAGGCAGAGAAUCUCCAGCCAACUCGGAGGUCGCUGACGUGGAAACACUUUUUGGUGGAUUUCACGAAACUUCUGUUUUGAAGGAACUUCAUUUAUGUCGAUUCAAUUUCUGGGGUAGUCUUUCUUCACUCACCAAACAACUAUGUUUCUUCCCCAACUUGGAAUGGGUAAUCCUUGAAUUUUUAAAUCUUGAUGAACGGGACUUAAAUGAUCUGAUGAAGAGCUAUACGUUCCUUCCUAGUGUACGUGAAUUAAGUCUGAGAGGCAAUGCACUUAGAUGCUCGGAGCAAGAUCUGGUAGAUUACAUCACCAAGCUGCACAGUCUUGGGUCGCUUUGGCUUGCAGGAACAGAUUGGCCGGACCAGAAACAAACAAACUUUGAACACUUGGUGUCACAACAUCUUCCUCAGCUUGCACUGAUGUAA